CUCGUCGGGAGCAGUCGUCGUGAAAAGCGCGUGUCCGCCACAAACGAAACCUAAACCAAUCCAACCAAACACACACACAUAACCAAAACCACAGGGAGAGUGUGUGUGGUUUGUGGCACAGUUUUCAAAAAGAAAAGUUCUAAAGAGGCCGCCCGGUGCCUUUCCUUUGUGCUUUCCGGCCUGUGUGUGUGUGUGGAGGUGUUUUUCUGUAUUUUUUCUUUCUUGUUUUCACUAUUCACAACGAAGACCGGCAAGUGCUUUGAAGGCCGCGAAGCGAACCGCACCACAGAAAUGAUUAGUUCCGCUCGUGCCAGCAACAUCUGAAACAGUGUGUGCCUUGACAGUGUGAAAUAAUUUGCGUCCGCUGAACGUCUGUUUGUCUGCCGUCUUCGCGGAAAGUGUGUUCCUAGUGCUCCCUUUGCGUUUUUUUUUCUUGCCUAACGUUUGAGUGAGUUUGUGUGAGUUUUAUUUGUGGGGCAAAGGAAAAAAACAGUGAGGAAGCACACAAGAGCAUCUAGCAAGUGAAAGAAAAAGGAAGAAAGCUGAAGGAAAGUCACACGUGCGAGUGCUGUAACAAUGUCUGGACCGCCGAAUAUUAACAACAAUCAACUUCCACCCUCCAGCGGUGGUGGUGCUGGUGGUCCGGGUAGUGGUAGAGGGUGGUUACGCACACCUCCACCAACGUACUUCCGGUCGCCCUCGCCAUGGGUACCGCCCGGUUCGGCCCCUCCACGGCAAAACUCGCCCGUAACGGCAGGAUCGUCGGCUGGCGGACCGGCCCGCGGCCCAAGCGAGUUUGUCUACCAGCAUCCAAGCUCCGGGGGGUUGCCGCCGUACGGUGGACCGGGAGGUGCUGCCGCCAGUAGCUACUCUACCACCCACCAGCAGCAGUACACCACGCAAACGACAACGUACCGCGCAACGACAGCAACGCCGGCCGCUGCCACUGCUCCCGCCCAGGAGUAUCAGUUCCAGCGUCCGAUCCCGUCGGCCAUGACACCGACUCACUUUGUGGCUUCGGCCACCCACUAUCGGCCCGUUUCGCCGGCUGCGGUCGCACCCCAGCCCUACCCGCAGUACAGUGCGCCGACCAUGUCGCCCGUGUCGUCCCUGCAUCGUUCGAUGACGCCGCACAGCGUUGCGAGCGGUGGUUACGGACCUCCGGUUGAUUUCCACCAUUCGGCUAUGGGCCAACAGCAGCAGGUGCGUCCCGGCUCGACCCAGAGCUCGGUGUACGGGGGCAUGACGUACCAUUACGGGCCAGCGGCUGGACCGUCUAGUCAUCAUCCGGCGCAGUCGCAGUACGUGAUCUACGAUUACGGCGGCGAGAUGGGACCGUCGACGGCGGAAAUCAUUGCGGCCCAGUCGCAGGACUACGUGGACGAGAAGCUGGCCGAAUAUCAGGCCACUAUUAUGCUGCUGCAAGAUGAACAAGAACGUGUACAGAAGAAAACAUUCGUGAACUGGAUUAACUCAUUUUUAAGCAAGCGCAUACCACCAUUGAAGGUCGAAGACUUGAUCCAUGACCUUAAGGAUGGCACCAAGCUGUUGGCCCUGCUGGAGGUGCUGUCCGGCGAGAAACUACCGAUGGAAAAGGGAAAAGUCCUGCGUCGGCCCCACUUUCUGAGCAACGUUAAUACCGCGCUACAGUUCCUUACCAGCAAACGUAUCAAGCUAGUCAACAUCAACCCGUCCGAUAUUGUCGACGGACGUCCGGCUGUGGUUUUGGGCCUGAUCUGGACCAUCAUUCUGUACUUCCAAAUCGAGGAGAACAGUCGUAUUCUGCAUUAUCUGAACGAAAAUUUGAGCGGCUCGUUGAGUUCGUUGGGCAGUAGCAGUUCCGCGUCGAACAUACCGAGCUUGAGCGCGAACAAGCAGGUAACGUACAGUGGUACGGCUUCGGUCGCAACGAGCAGCAAGGAGAUGAUGAAACAGGGCCCCAAGAAGACACUCCUUACGUGGGUGAACAGUGCCUUGCCAAAGACAACGGGCUUGGAGGUCCGUGACUUUGGACCGAGCUGGCGCGAUGGCAUUGCGUUCCUGACGCUGAUCGAUGCGAUCAAAACGAACGUCAUUAACAUCGCCGAGAUGAAGAAGUUUAACAACCGGUACCGUCUUGAUACGGCGUUCAAUGUCGCGGAGUCGGAGCUGGGCAUUGCGCGUCUUCUGGACGCCGAAGAUGUCGAUGUCAACAGCCCGGAUGAGAAGAGUAUCAUGACAUACGUCGCACAAUUUCUACACAAAUACCCGGACGUGAAGAAUAUCAAUUCAAAGAGUGACAGCGAACGCGAACUGCUGGAACUCCUGGAUUGGCUUCGCCGAACGGUACGAUACUACGAUGGCAUGCACGGCAAGUACCCCAACAACUACUCCAUGUACGAGAGCGUCAACGGCGAAAAGCUCGAGAAGCAAAACAUCUACAAGAAGGUGAAGAGCAUCAAUGCCGCCAAGAUGACGCCGGAAGUGCAGGAGCUGAACAGUCUGUGGACCCAGCUGGAGCGUCACAUGCAGCAGUGGCUCUGGUAUCUAGACAGCAGCCUGCCGGAUCAGUUCGGUGCGAUUGGCCGUUGGUUAAGCAAUGGAGAGAAGCUGCUAAACGAUGACGACAUCCCGAACAACAUGAACGAAGAGACGGCUUCACUGAUCAGCAAGAAGCUCGAGGCGCACAAGCAAUUCUUCGCCUCGUACUACGAGGUGCGGGAAACAUUUAACAACGUGAAACUUACUCCACUUGCGAAGAAGGUCCCGCUGGGACAGUUGCAAAACAUGGAAAAGCGACUGCUUGAUAUCGAACCGUGCGCUAGACAGCGUCGCAUUAAGCUGAAGUAUCUGGAGCACAAGUGUUGCCUGAUUGCUUUCUUGAACCUGCUCGAGAACAAGAUCAACGGUGUGAAGUACAACAACGAGGAGACGGUGAAGCAAUCGCUGGAUCAUCUGAAAAACUUCGUCACACGCAACCAGAUUAUGCAGGAGUUUGAGAAGGCGCUGAUCGACAUGCGGCAGGUGAUCGAGGAGUACAAGAUCGAUGGUAACAUCACGAAGAAGGAGAUGUACAAUAUUGAUGUGUUCCUACACGAGAUCGAAGAUCGCUGGAAGAACGUUUCGUCCCGGUUGAUCUGCACGGAAACGAUGCUCGAGGAUGUGCUGUCGCAUUGGCAGCGCUGGCGCACGCUGGUGCAUGAGAUCGAGACGUGGCUAAGGCAGGCGCACGAUGCACUCCAAGGCACGGAAGACGAGCGGAUCGAGUUCUUCCAGAACAUUAGCGUGUACAAGGAGAAGUUUGAUGCGCUGACGGAUACGUUUAAUAUUCUGAAAUCGACCUGCGACCAGGAGACGGCCAUUGCGCUAGAACGAAAGUAUGCGCAGCUGGCCGGACAUUGGGAGCAGGUGUUCCAGCACACCAAGCAGUAUCUGCACGUCGGAGACAUUCUGCAGCAUCGUCAAAAGUUCAAGGCUGAUGCGGCGCAGCUGAACGAAUGGAUUCAGCGUACUGAGACGGCACUGGGACGGAACAACUUGCGCGAUGCGGCUGAGAUUCGGCGUUGCGAGACGGAAAUCAAGCAAAUUGCUUGCGAGAUUGAAGCGAUGGAGGAACUGUUCAAGUCGAUCAGCCGUAGCUUCCAGGCAUUGAUCAAGGAGUACUCGCGCGAUGAGGUUGACCGUAUGAUGAUGAUGAUGAAGAAGCAAAAGGAAGCGUUGGUUCGGGUGCGUGCACAAAUACCGAUCAAGCUGCACCUGUUCCAUCAGCUACUGACGCAGCAGGAAGCACUCGAAACGGGUCAGCGAGAAAUCGCCCAAUGGUUGGAUGAGGCCGAGAACCUUCUGAUAUCUUACUCCUUCACCAACGAUCCGCAGCAGACGAAGAACAACCUCGCCAAGCAUAAGGCUUUCUUCAACCGCACACUGUACUACAAAUCGAUGCUGGAGAGUAAGAACAACGUGUUCCAAAAUUUACUCAAGCUUACCGAUACGGACAGCAGCAUCGAUAUGAGUGAUGCCGCCACGAAAAUGAAGCAACUAAACGAUCGCUUCGCCUACGUCAUCAACAACGCAAACGAUUGGGAGUACAAGCUUCAGGAAAAUCUACGCGUCUGGGAAAACUUCACUGAAAGCAAACAGAAGGUGGAGUCAUUCCUCCGACAGGCGGAAGCCUUCCAGAAGUCAGCCAUCCCGGUGGACAAGGAAGCGGACGCAGAGUCCCAGCUGGAGUUCUUCAACUCGGCCGACCAGACGAGCAUCAACACGCUGGAGCGCCACACGGAGGAUCUGCUAAAGUAUCUGCCACCGGCCGAGCAGCAAAUACUGAUCGCCAAGGUGGAAGACAUCCAGCGCCAGUGGAGUGAAGUGAUCCAGCAGAUCCCGCUCCAUCUACUGAAGGUUGAGUUCCGGCUGAACGAGCUAACGUUCAACGGAUGUGCGAACGACAUCGAGAAGGAGCUGAACGCUGAAGAGCAGGCGUUUAACUGCAACGAAAACUUUGAAGCCAUCUUGCAGCGUAAUUUGGACUACUUCAAGAAGAACGAUCUCCAGCGGGUCGAGCAGGUGCUGGGCAAUAUGGAGAAGAUCAACUACAUCUAUCUGGAAAAGUCUGCCAACGAUCAGGCGCUGGCUCCGCUUUAUCAGCGGGCGAAUGAUAGUUGGAUUGCGAUCUGUAAACGAAUUGACAGCGUGCGCAACAUACUGCACAAGAUUCCGGCCCAGUGGGACGCUUACCAUGCCAAGUUCGACGAGAUGAACGGAUGGAUGGAUCGAGUGGACGAAUCGCUACGCCAGAUCAUGGUGGAGAAGCAGACGAUGGAAGAGUUCGAGCAGGAAAAGGCGACCUUCCAGAACAUCUGCUUUGAGGCCGAUGCAAAGCGUGAAGACAUGAAAUGGCUGGUGAAAACGUUGGACUUUUUGCUGAGCCACACCAACGAAGAGCAGGCCACGAUCGAGCAGGAAAAGAUCGAGAAGCUGAUUGCUCGCUACAAAACGCUCAUACCGACGAUCGAAACCACCAUGACCAAGACGGAGGUGUUCGCCAAGUGCUACACGUACCGCCGGGAGGCACAGGAGAUAUGCGACCUGCUCGAUCGCAUCAAGUCGCAGGCUCGCAGUGUACCGCCGCCAGAAAGCUACAAGCGCGUGAACGAGAUGAUCGAAGAGCAGCAGUACUCGAUCAAGGAGCUGGACAAUCAGCGAGCGCACAUCAUGAAGAUGCUGCAGCGGGGCAAAGAUCUGAGCAAAAACCCAAGCGCACCGCAGUUCAUCGCGGGUGAGAUUCGUCGCCUGGAGACAGGCUGGAACGAUACGUACAAUGAAGCAGCUGAGAAGGUACGCGCGUUAAAGGCGAUCCAGAAAGUUUGGGGCGAUUACAACGAGCAGAAGGGACAGAUCGUUGGCCUGCUGAACACGGCUGAGAUGGAACUGCGCUCGGUCACACCGUUGCAGACGGACCCGAAAAGCGUCACGCAGGAUCUGGAGAUGAAGCGCCAGCUGGCAUUGAACUUGAAGCAGGCGUCCUCCAAAUCACUGCUGCAGCUGAACGAUUUGUGCCGUGAUUUGGGCAUCUCACUUCCGCCGACGACGCGACAAGUGAUCGAGAAGGAAGUGACCGAUCUGGGCAAGCGGGUUGACAACACGGUCGACUACGUGGAGCAGCGCGUCGUCUACCUUGAAGACUACAGCGACAAGUGGAACGAGUACAAGCAGCGACUGGACAGUCUGAAGAGCUGGGCCAACAACGUGUACCCCAAGAUGGUAGCUGCGAUCAAGCAGCCAAAAAUCAGUGCCGAAGAUCGAGUGUUGAAGGCGAAACAGCUCGAAGGUGUCUUGGGCGAGAAGAUUCGCCAGCUGGACGUACUAAACGCAAGCGCUGCCGAUCUCGCCUCGAAGGAAGGCAACCUAAGCGAGAUGAAGCGCCUAAAGGCGGAGGUCGUCCAUCUGCAGGGCACCUUCACCGAGCUGCACCGUAUGGUGGACAGCGAGAAGGCGCUGGUCGGCGAAGACUUUGAGACGUGGAAGAGCUACAACCGCGACAUGGACAGCCUGAAGGAGUGGGUCGAGCGGGCCAAGCUUGCGCCGGAGCUGGAGCAAAUUCGGCCUUCGACCCUGCCGGAAGCACGCGCCUACCAGGGCCGUUUGGAAACGUUUAACGAGCAGUGCGAGGGCAAGAUGGACGAGCUGCAGAACGUGAUCAAGAGCUCACAGAACAUCCGGUACGGCGUGAAACCGUCGGAGGAAACGGAUCGGUACUACAUGAUCGUUUCGAGCAUCUACGAGAACGUGCAGCAUUUGCUGAACAAAACCGGCAAGCUCGUGACGAACUGGGCCCUGCUGGAUGGAGAUCUGGAGAAGCUGAACCACUUCAUCGAGCGGGCCGAGUUACGGAUGGGUGAAUUAGUCACUGUUCAUGCUCCAGGCCUACCCAUCGAUGUGCUGGAAACGAAGAUCAAAUCGUUGAAGCUGUUCAGCAACGAAAUAUCCGAGCAGCAGGCGAAACUGAUCGCGCUCGUCCACAUGUUCGAUCAGAUCAACCAUAGCCUGUCGGAGGACGGUGUGAACGGGGUGCGCGACAAGCUGAAGUCGGCCAAGGAUCGGCUAACCCGGCUGAGUGAUGAUGCGCGGGCUCAGAUUAACUCGAACUAUGAGUGCAUUGUGGAGCAGCAGAGCUUUAACACCCAGAUGACGGACUUUAGCAACUGGAUGGAUCAGAUAAGGACAAGCAUUAGCGAGCUGGAGAACACGGCGGUGGAUGAGAUCGAGCUGGCGGCACAGAACGUGCAGUAUCUGGUGCAGCAGCACGCGGACAAGCGCAACACGUUCAACCACAUCUACGCGCAGGUCAAGCAGCGGAGCCUGACGAACAAUCCGAUGGAGAACCAGCUGUUGAACGAAACGUACAGUUCGCUGGCUAGCAACUACCAGAACCUGGAGUCAAGCCUGCUACAGAUGAGGGACUUUUUGCAGAAGUGGCUUGCGUUUUUGCAGUGGCACAAUACGACGAAGGACCAACUAGCGUAUCUGCGGGAGAGUAUGAUCAAGUACGAUGUGUCAAGCGAGGAGCAGCUGAACGAUGCGAAUCGGCGCAUCCAGGAGGUGGGUACGGGAUUAGAAAACUGGCGCCGUUUGUCCCUUGCCAUGGAGCAGGAGCCGUGCAUUUCGUUCCACGAUAAAGCCCACAAGCCGGUCAGUGCGAUUACGAUGAUUGCGGAUCUGGAUCACAAGCUUUCAAGCAUUCGGUCGCAGGUCGAUGGUAAGCUGAAGGAGGUGGAAAAUACGAAAGAUCGCGUUGCGAAGUUCCACCAGUCACAGAAGGAGCUGACGGAUUCGCUACGUGGAAUUGAGGAGAAGCUGAAGGGUAUCGUACAAGCCGCUCGGUUGUCUACGCUCGACGAUGGUAUGGAGGAUUUGUCCACUCUGAACGAGAAGAUCAGUGAACUGUGCAGCGCCAAGGCACAGGUGCAGUACGAAGGAAACUUGUUGCUGAAGCAGGACGUCGUUGAUACUGGAAUUGCAGUACAGGAAGAGCUGAGCAAGCUCGACAAGAAGGUCACCGAUUUGCAACAAGAGUCCGACGAAACACUUCGCGCCUUCUCCACCACAAGCGAUUUGUAUGCCGACUUCAACAAGUACAACAUGAGCUUUGCCAACGAGCUGAAGCAGAUCGAGGCGCUCAACAACGCUACGGUGCUGAACUUUGACAGCAAGCCCGCCCUUCAGCAGGCUCUGGAUCAGCUGAAGAAAGCGUCCGAGACGAUGACGAAAAAGGUGAAGCGAAGCCUCGAUGUGGUAGCGGGCAAGGGAAAUGAGUUGGCAAAAACCUUCCGUGCCUACAAUCCGACCGAUUGCGACAACAUCCUGGACAUCAUUCGCCACAACAACGAGCAGUUCAAGGCGAAUCUGGAACGCUUGAUCGACAACUCGAGCGUGCUCGACCAGAAGGUGGCCCUGUACAAGCAGGCGGAAGAGCUGUACCAAGAUCUGGACGAGUGGCUGCAGUCCAAGCGCGAUCAGCUGUCACGCGUGCUCGAAAAUCCCGGUGAGAUCGAGAGCAAAAUUGUGACCUACCGUUCGGAGCUUCCGGCCCAGCAAGCGUUCAAAGAAACGCUGGACGGACUGUUGCAGGAGUUUAAGAAAAUGAAUGGUGGCAGCCUGCCGAAAGACCUGCACGGUAUGUCGAUGCAGCUGGACGAUGCGUUCGCCGCGAUCGAAGAAACAGUGGGUCGUUUGAACAACCGAAUGUCCGAGUAUACUGCCGACGAGCGUCGGUUGAAGCUUUCGAUCAAGGGCAUAAUUGAGCGCAUCUACAGCAUACGGGAGGAGAUCGUGGGCUGUGAUGAUAUGACGCUGGACAGCGGCAAGCAGCUGGUACAUCUCGCUGGAUGUCGUGAGUUACGCCGCAAGUUGAACCGAGUCGGAGAGGAAAUCACCGAUCUGAAGAAUGAGUUCGCCGCGAUGGAAGCAAAGUACGAUCAGGGCAUCAAGGAGGCGUCUACCGUAGGAAAGGAGAUCCAGAAUCUCGACCAGCGUUUCGGGCUGGUGAUGAACAGCUUGAACGAGGUGGAGACGAAGCUUACCAAGGGUGUGGAGAAGUCGUUCAAGGACAAGCUCGGUGCACUGACGCGAAUGAUUGGGGCGCAGAGUGAAAAGCUGAACUGGUGCGCACCGGAACCGACGAGCGACAAGUACCAGCUGGAGGUGAAGCGUACCACGCUGAACGAUGUACGCACCAGCACCGAGGACUGCGAACGUAUUCUCGGUGAGGUCGAACGGUCACUUACCGGCGCUGUAGUGGAGCUGUUCACACCGGCGAAGGUUAGCAACAUGUCCGACGAAACGCAGGAAGUUAGUAAGCAGCUCGAAUCGUUGAAGCGUGCCUUCCAGGAGACGGAGAAGCAACUGACGGACAACAUUGCCCUGUGGCUGAGCUACGAAGGUAUCUCGGAAGAGGUCAUCCACUUCCUGAAGGAUCUGGAAACGCGCAACCGCAUGGAAACGGUGCUGUUGAUCGAUUUGGCUAGUUUGGGCGAGAAAUCAAAGGAAGUUGGCGAGGCACGUGCAACUCUAGAGGAGUUCAAAGUGAAGAUGGAUCAGCUGCAGUCGGUUGGCAAUCAGCUGAAUGAGGUCAAUCCAGAAUCACGAGCACUGGUGUUGGUGCAUCAUCUCCAGAACAAGUACCACACGUUCAGUAAGUACUUCGCUCAGCUGCUCGACCGACUGGAGGACGUACGGUUGAAAGAUGUCCAGUUCCGGGAAGCGGUUGAUAAGAUUCGUCACUGGCUGCGCGAGAUGCAGAACAAAAAGCAUGCACAAAACCUGGGAGCGGAGGCACAAGUACAGGCCCUGUCUGAUCGUGAGUACGAAGCUGCCAAGGCGCUGCGAGCUGAAAUUCUGUCCAAGGAUAGUGCGCUGAACGAAACAUGCUCGUUGGGCGAAAACCUUUACGCCGAGGUUAGCGUUGAGUGUCGCGAGAGCAUUCGCGAUGAGAUGAAGCGUCUGCGUGGUGACUACAACGCCCUACUUGAGGAGGUUAGUGGUGGCAUAAAGCGCAUCGAAGCCGAUCUGAUAAAGAAAAAGUCGAUCGACGAAAGCCACAACCAGCUCAACAAUUGGCUGGCGGAGCUGCGGGGCAAGAUCACGUCUGGUUUGAGUGACCGAUAUGCCACGUUGCCAGAGAAGAAGAGCGCCCUGUACAGUGGCAAGAACAUGCAGAAAGACAUCACGGUGCACGAGACGAAUCUGGACCAGAUUCAGAAGAAGGUGAUGGCCCUACCGGAUCGAAGCUCGCUCGGACAGAUUGAGGAAACGCGCCAGAACUAUGGUGCGCUGCGGGAGGAGCUCGAUCGUAAGGUGGCACUGCUUGAGCAAGCAAUCAAGUCGCACGAGCAGUACAACGCUAUGCUGGAGAAGUCGCGCGACUGGCUGCUGAAGCUACAAUCCCAGACGGAGGAGAUGUUCAGUGACGGUGAUCUUACCAAAGCGAAGUUGGAGGAAUACCUCAUUCUCGUUGACACGGUGCUGACGGAGGAGGAGCCGGCGCUGGAUGAUGUGAACGAGUGUUACAAGCAGUUUGCUGUUGUGAUGGCACAGACGCACGAGAACGGUCAUUCGGAGUUGCUGCGUGCGUUCGAAGACGCCAAACGCCAGUGGACGACGUUCUUCGACAAGUGCCGUGCGUUCAAGGCUCGUUCGGCUGAGUCACUGAAACAGCUGGACGCUUUCAACGCUCGACUGGAGGGAGCGCUGGUUUGGUUGGCGAGCAAGAAGGCCGAAAUCAGAGAUGCCACCGCACAGGGACCACUCGACGCGAAACAACAGUGCUUGGAGUCGUUGAAGAAACUGCGUGACGCCAUCCAGAGCUACGGUGUGACGGUGAGCGGCAUCCUGGAAGAAAGCCACCAGGUCAAAUCAAAGUUUGAUGUGAGCGGUAAGGUGGGCCAGCUGCAGAACGAGUAUCGCAUUGUGGCAGGACUGUGUGCGGAAGCGAUUUCGAAAGCCGAGUCUACCCUGCACGAUCAGAGCGAUUUCAACCAGGCGUACGACGAGUUUGAGGCCCUAUUACGUAAAAAUCUCGACGGACUGGAAGAGUUCCGGUUGCUGGUGGGUGAUCUGAGCGUGCUGCAGGAGCGUCAGCUCAGGCUGAAGGAGAUCGCCUACAAACGGCUCGAUGAUAGCAGCCCGUACGAAGAUCUGAUCAAUCGGGGUGAGAAGCUGUACUCGUACACCAGUCCCGAGGGUCGUGAGCUGAUUCGCCAGAAGCUGGGUGCUAUCCGGGAUCUUUGGGAUCGAUUCUCGGACGAGCUGAACACGGUAACUCAGCGGUUGGAUCAAUGUAUUCUUCAGUUUGGAGAGUUUUCACUGCAGCAGGAGCAGCUAUCCAAGUGGUUGAAGGACAUUGAAAAGUCGAUGGAAGUGAAUGCCGAGCUGAAGGCUAACAUCCAGGACAAGCGUACCCAGUACCAGAACCACAAGCUAAUGCACCAGGAGAUUUUAUCCCAGGUCGGACUGGUCGAGUCAGUUUGUGCCAAGGCACAGCAGCUGCUUAUUCUGACGAAGGAUCAGCAUCUGCAGAGCUGUGUCGUAUCGAUCAAGGACACGUAUCAGGGCAUCGUGCGCAAGUCGGGCGAACUGUUGGACAACCUGAACGCUUGCGUACAAGCACACCAGAGCUACGUGACUGCCGCCAGCAAGCUGCGCAGCUGGAUCAACGAGGAGAAGGAUAAGGUGUUUUGCUGCGAGGAAACGGGCGGCGAGAAGGGUGAGAUCAACAAACGCAUCGAAGCGCUUAGCAAUCUGAAGCUUGGCAAGGCGAAGGGCGAUGAACUGCUCAACGCCCUGGUACAGUGCUUUGAGGCGAUGAAGGAAAGCACAUCGGCGGCGGGUAUUGGUACGGUCGAAAAGGAGAUCGGCGAGUUGCGUAACGAGCUGGCUAGUUUGUAUGGACAGAUUGAGGAGUUGAUCGGUAGCCAGCGCAAAUCGCUGACCGGAUGGAGUCAGUUCGAUCAGGAUCUGGACGCGCUUACGAAGUGGUGCCGCUCGAUGGAAGGCAUUUUCCGUGAGCAGCAGCUGUACGAUUCGCUCGAGCGCAAACAGCAGCAGCUGGAGGUAUUCCGCAAGAACCAGGAAGCUAUCGGGGACAAGCAGAAGCAGAUCGACGACUUCGUGACGAUGGCACAGGCGCUCUUUACGAAGACGGGCGUGGAGAAGAUUAAGUUCUACAUCAACCAGCUGAUCAAUCGCUACCAGCUGCUGCAAGUUCUAAGCAAGGAGGUCGCGAACCGGGCUCAGAACAUCGUCAACGAUCAUAAGAACUAUCAAGAGCGGUACAACGAGAGCGCCGCUCGAUUGGCCGAGGUUGAGAAGGAUCUGGAAACGCUAGGACAGGAGAAGCUCGGCGCAGCCAACCAGUCGAAGCUGCAGCAGUUGGAGAUUGAGAAGGAACGAUUUGAGAACAAUCUGACCAGCCUAGUGACGGCCAGCGAAAAGGUCCUGCCCGAAACGAAUACCCAAGGUCGGGAGAAGAUUCGCGAGGAGGUGCGUGAGCUGAAGGAUCGCUGGGAUCAGAUCAUUGCCGGGUUGAACAACCUGAAGAAGCAGCUGGACGUACGCUCGAUCCAGUGGUCCUCAUACCAGGACAUACUACAGCAGGUGCUGAGCUGGUUAGACGCUACGGAACGCAAAAUCGAGCCAAACGAAUCCCAAAGCUGGAACUCCACGCAAGAGAUCCGCUCGAAGCUGUUCAAGUACAAGGCGAUACUGCAAGAGAUCAGUGGCCAUCGGCGCGUGAUUGAUUCGCUGAAGGAAAAGGCCGACUCGCUCGGUGCAGACGCCCAGAACGAAGACAUCGCGGCAAAGGUGCAGUCGAUUACAGAGCGGUAUGAGCUGCUGAAGAAGUCGUGCAGUGAUUUGAUCCGUCGGCUGGAGCAAUCGCUUGAGCUGUGCAAUAAGUUCAACGAGCAGCAAAAAUCGUUGCUAGACGAGCAGGACUAUCUGUUCGGGGAGUUGAAGCAGCUGUCCGAUGUGUCCGGUAACAAGCGAGCGGUGCAGGAGAAGGUCCAGAAGAUCGACGAUCUGCAGCAGGCGAACGGCAAGAUGGAAGAAAAGUUCAAGAACCUCGCUAAGCUGAUUACGGACAAUAAUGAUCUGAUUUCGUACGGUGCCAAAACGGUCAUGGAGCAGGAUCUGCAAAAGAUGAAGGCUGACUUUGAGAAGUUUAUUGGUUCAAUUGGGGACGCCCGAGUGGAGCUGCAGAAGCGUAUGCAGCUGUGGGACGAUUAUCAGCGUGAUCUGGAUCAGAUCGGUGCGUUCCUGGCCGAGGUGGAGGAUACCAUGCGCGGCUACACGCUGAAGAGCAGCUUGAACGAGAAGCAGGAGCAGCACGAGUACUAUCAGACACUGCUAGGUCGAUUGAAGCAGAAUGCGCUCGAGUUUGAUAAGCUGCUGGACAAGUCGUCAGAGUUGCUGCAGAGUAGUGGUGAUACGAAGAUAUCGUUUAACAUGCAGCAGCUGAAGGCACGCGCCCAGUCGGUGGAGGGUACGGUGAAGGAGCUGGCGAAAAAAUGCGAGGCUGCUUACGGUGAUCACAAGCAGUACCGGCAGCGGUACGACGAGUGUGACAAAGAGUUGGACGAAAUUCGAGACGUGUUUGACGGGUGUCGUAUGCAGCAUGCGCAAAGCAUUCAAAGCAGCAAUCAACAGGCGGAUCCACAGGCAGUUCUCGGAACGAUACAGACGCUGCUAGCGAAGCAUAAUGUGGUGACGGUGCAGUGCAAUGCAGUGUCGGAUAGUGGUGAGCAACUGUACGCUACUACUGCGUCCAAGGGCCAGCAGAUGAUACGUAGCGAAAUCCAGGAGUUGACGGCCAAGUGUGAACGGUUGUUUGAUGAGGUUAAUGAUUAUGCCCGUUCGUACGAGGGUCGGCUGGCGAAGCUGUCUGGCUUUAUGGAGAAAGCUGAUCAGCUGCAGGAGUGGCUGAACAGUGUUGAGGGACAGCUGGGUCGUGGUAGUCUCAUACUGAAGCCAACGCUCGAUGAGAAGUGUGCCCAGCAGCAGGCUUACGCGGAACUUCUGAACGAUAUCAAGAACCAUCGACCAGAGUUGAACAAUGUGCGCGAUCUGGUGGACAAUAUGCAGGAACAGCACCCAACGAUCGAACGUCGUAUGGCGGAGCUGACCAGUAAGUACGAGGAAUGUCUGGAGAAGGCUCAAACGUACGGUGAUCAGUACGAUCGCAUCGUGCACAACCAUCGCCAGUACUGCAAGGCCGUAAUGGAAACGCAGGACUUUAUCGACGCCAACCACAACACGGUAGAGCUGUGGGGUGAAACCGAUCUCGACCAGGUAUCCCUGAUGACGAAUCUGGAUCGACUGACGGAGCUGAAGAAAUCUAUCACGGCGGAACAGAACCGGGUGGACCAGAUACGCACCUUGGGCGAGGCGACGAUCCCAGACACCAGCGACGAGGGACAGGCUAACAUCCGCUCACAGAUUGACAUUUCGCAGCAGGAAUGGGAAGGUCUGCUUGCUGCUAUUGACAGCACAAUGGACGGAAUUCGCGGCAAAAUGGGCGAAUGGAGCGAUUACGAGAAGAUCCGCACGGAUUGCAUGAACUGGAUGCGCGACAUCGAUGCGAAGAUCCAUUCGGUUGAUCUGAAGGCGACGCUGAUCGACAAGAAGGCAACGCUAGACUAUCUGAAGAGCUUGCAGGGUGAGGUAAAGGCGAAGGAGCUCGAAAUUGACAACUUCACGGAGAAAGCCCAGCAGCUCUAUCGGGGCUAUCUGAGCAGCCGCAACUCACAGAUAUCUGAGCUGGCGGUCAAGUAUCAGCAGACGGCAAGCCGCAUCAAGGAGCUGGUCGGUCGCUGGCAGCAGUACGUCAUCCAGCAUCAAGAGCUGGAGACGCGCAUCGGCGAGCAUCGCGACUGGCUGAACGGUGUGCGGGAAAAGCUGAACUACUGUGCGGACCUGUCCAGCACGUCGGAGAAGGAGCUGCAAAGCAAACUGAAGCUGGUGCAGGAUAUGAUCGUGAACAAGGAGGAUGGAUCUGGUCGACUGCAGACGAUCGUGGAUCUUGCUCAGCAGGUACUGGCCUGUACAACGCCAUCCGGACAUGAGGGGGUUAACAAGGCUGUAGCUGCACUGCAAGAGGAGUGGUCUUCGCUUGCGUUGCGUAUGAUCGAUAUUCGAGCGAACCUUGACGAAGCCAUCAACCAGUGGUCCGGCUUUUUGGAUCAAGUUAACGAUCUGAAGCGCAACAUCGACUGGAUGGAGAACGAGCUGAGCGGAUUUGUUGAGUUCCAGGCCAGCAUGGCCGAUAAGCGGGCACAGCUGGAGCGCAUUAAGAAUACGGAGGAGAAGAUCCGACUGGAAAAGAUCGAAAUCGAACCGUUGAAGCAGAAGACGUCCGAGAUGGCCGCGUCUGGCCAGCAAUCACAGGCGGCAGCAACGGCACAACAGAUUCUCAGCAAGUUUGACUAUCUGGCGGAGAAGAUUAGCAAGAUACUGACUGAUCGGGAGGACCAGUACCGUGACCAUCGGCUGUACAAGGAAGCGUACGACGAUCUGUUCAAUUGGAUUAGCCGAGCCCGGGAGAAGCUGCCGUGCGUGAAGCAACAGUCGCUGAGCGAUAAGCUGACGAUGGACAGUGCGAUCGCACCGCUCGAUGCGCUGAUGAACAAGAAGGCACAGGGUGAGCUGCUGGUGGAGCAUCUCGUACACACGGGCGAGGUCGUGAUGGCUUCGACGUCCGAAAAGGGCAAGGAAGCGAUCCGCAGCGACAUCAACGGACUGAAAGCAAACUUUGAGUCACUGUUCGGGGAUAUCGACAAGCAGAAGCGGGAUCUCGAGAAGACGCUCAACUUGCUGCGCGAGUACAAGGAAGAGUACGAGCGACUUUCCGAGUGGCUGCAGCAGGUCGACAUUUUGGUGAAGAACCACAAGCUUGCGAUGUGUUCGAAUUUGGCCGAAAAGGAAAAGCAAGUGCGCGAGAUGCGUGAGCUGAUCGGUAAGCUCGAGAAGGGCCAAGGAGAAAUGGAUAAGUUCAACGCAUUUGCGGCACCGCUGCUGCAGUCCCAUCUCGAUACGUACAUCGGCAAUCAACUGCGCCAUCUGAACUCUCGCUACCAGGUACAGGUAAAUCUGGCCAAGGAUGUGCUGAAGAAGGUUGAAACCAAUCACGAUCUGCACCGCGAGUACAAGGACAACCUGACGAAGGCGAACGGGUGGAUCGAGAAUGCGAAGGAGAUCGUUCGCUACUCGACCGAGAAUGUGGACAGUGUGAGCAAGGAUAACUUGGAGAAACGAUUGGCGAAGAUUGUGGAGCUGAUACAGCAGCGUGAGCAGGGCCAGAACUUAGUCAAUGCCACCGUCAACACGGGCGAAAAGGUUGUCAAGAGCACGAAAUCCGACGGCAAAGAGGUGAUCAACGGUGAGAUCAAAGACAUUCAAACGAACUGGGACCGGCUGGUGAAGCGCAUGUCUACGGCGAAGGUUCAGCUAGAGACAAACCUUCUCCAGUGGGCCGACUACAGCUCGAGCUACAACCAUCUGCAGCAAUGGAUUCAGGAUCGCGAAAGCAAACUGCAGCAGGUGUGCGAGCAGAAAGUCGUUCGCUUCCGGCUGGGUGGAACUUCGAGCAGUCUGAGCAGUGGUUUGAACGAACGAAGGGCGAAUCUGCGCCAGGCGAACGAUAUCGUGCAGGACAUCGUAAGCUUCGAGCCGAUGAUACAGUCCGUCGCUAGCAAAGCUUCGGAUCUGCGUCAAACGUCACCUGCUUCGGAGAUUUCCAACAAGUACGAAACUCUGAGCAAGCAAGCCAAGGAGAUGUUCGAGAAGCAGAAGGAAACGGUCGAACUGCAUCAGGCGUUCAUCGACGCUAGCAACGAAUUUGCGGCCUGGAUCCGCAACGCCAAGGAGUGUCUGAACAAGUGUUCGGAUUCACGCGGCGACAAGGAGACGCUCGUUUCGAAGAUGACCCAACUGAAGAUACUGGACAACGAUGUGCCGGUCGGGCAGAAGAAGCUCGAAAAAGCGCUCGAACAGGCAGAAGUUGCCUGCCGCAACGUGGAAGGCGAAGAGGUGGAAGCGAUCGAGAAGGAGGUAGCGAUUUUGCAGGAGGAGUUCGACAACUACUGCAUAGCCCUGAAGAAGAUUAGCGGUGCGCUGGAGAACGGUAUUGUACGCUGGACGGAGUAUGACGAUCAGUACGGUGUUGCGCUGAAGUGGUUGGACAGCAUCGAGCAGGAGGUGCAGACGUACAACAAGAUGCAGGCCAAUCUGCAGGAGAAAAAGCGCGUGCUGGAGGAGUUCCAGGACAAGCUGCAGACGCUGUUCGACUGGCAGCGCGAGCUGGAUAGUUUGAAUAUGCGUGCUCAGGUGUUGUUGGAGAUCUGUGCCGAUACGCGUAUCAGUAACGGUGUUACGCAGCUCACGACCAAGUACAAUGUGUUGUUGUCGAUUGCGAAGGAGAUUAUGCGUCGGCUCGAACUGCACUACCAGGAACAUCAGCAGCACAACACGCUGUACGGUGAGUGUCAGGAUUGGUUGGAUAGGAUGCGCGAGAAGCUGAACGAAUGCGAAUCCGUGCCGCACACGGUUGCGGAAACGCAAUCCAAGCUUAACAUUGUUAAGGGCAUUAGGCAGUCGUUGGAGCAGGGCCAGAAUAAGCUGCGCUAUCUGAUUGAGCUGAAGGAGAAAAUUGUUCUCAGCACGGAAACGAGCGGAGCUUCGAAGAUCGAAGAGGACACAGAAAACCUCAAGACGGAGUACGAAUCGCUGAUGGUGGACAUUACCGAGACGCGCCAACGGCUCACUAAUCAUCUGGCACAACUCGAGGACAUCGGUAAGCUGUCCCGGAUGGUUGCUGAAUGGGUUGAGGAGGUACAGGGCAAGCUGGACGCUGGCGAGACGAUGCAGAACGAACUUGCCGAUAAGCGUGUGCUGCUGGAGAAAUACCGCGCCAUUCAGCGAGAAACAGGCAACUACAAUGAGCUGGUCGAGAAGAUCAAGUCCAAAAUGACCGACAACGCCAACAUAGACGUGGAAGAGUUCAACAAGAUCCUUACCGACUACGAAGCAAUCGUGGCAAAGGUGGUAGCUGAAAUCGAGCGACUCGAGAACCAGGUCAACAAUCACGAGCGCUUCAAGCAGGCGCUGGGAGAGCUGUAUGAAUGGAUGAAGACCACGCGUCAGACGAUUCAACAGUCGUCCGACUUCCACGGUGACAAGGAGCACAUUGUUGGAAGGAUCGAGAAGCUGAAGGGCAUCGAGCUUUCGUUCGCUGAUGGAAAAGUAUUGCUGGACAAUACGGCCGACAUGGGCAACUCGCUGGCCGCGAUCAGUGGCCAGGAGGGGCAAGCUACGAUCAAGCAGGAACUGCUGCAAGCUCGGGCCGAUUGGGAAGAGCUUGAGGAGCUGGCACGAAGCUCCCGCCAAACGCUGGAAGAUUGUCUAGCGUCGUGGGACAGCUUCUUGGACAAGUCGGAAACGCUGGGCGCAUUCCUGGAGGAGUACAACGUGAAGGUGAACGGAUACGGUGCGAGCGAAGGAACGGCCGAUCAGGCCGCAGUACUGAGCGAGCUCAAGCGCAUUCAGGAUUUGAUUCUGACGAAAAAGAGUACCGUCGAAGAGUUGAACGACGUGUGCGAGGCACUGAUGGAGAAGAGUGCCUGCUCGACCGUUCGCGAUCGUACCGUCGAUCUGCAGAAGAGCUACUCGACAUUGCUUGGAAAAGUGCAAGGAUUCAUCACCAAACUAGAGAAAAACCUCGUCAGCCAUACCGAGUUCCUGUACUACAAGGAAGAGAUCAACAAGUGGUUAAACGAUGCCAACGCUACGAUCAAGAACUGUAGCGAUGUGGCAGCGGAUGAUGUGCUUGUGAUCAGACAGAAGGUGGUACAGCUGCAGUCACUAUCCAACUCGAUCCCGCAAGGGCAGAAACUAUUUGAGAUGUUGCAAGAUUCCUUCACCAAAUCUUCCUACCUCUAUCCGGAAGACAAACAGACGACCAUGUUCCAGGACAUUUCGGACAUUCGGGAUUCGCUCGAUACGGUCAUCAUCGGUAUCAGCUCGUCGCUGAACAACUUGAACGCGCAGGCAAGCCGUUUGGAGUCGUACGAAGAGCUAAAACGACGCAUUAACGAAUGGCUCGCCACCACCGAGGGAGUGUUCGAGGCGCUGCCUGAAACGCACGGCGAGAUGACGGAGGUGAAGACACUGCUAGAGCGUCUGAAGCACAUCCAGACGGAGAUCUCGUUUAAACAGUCGGAUCUGGAAAAUCUUCAACAGGAAGCGGCGAACCUCUUUGACGUUAACAAAUGCUCGGCCGAGAUGGAACGUGUCGCAAGUCUGCAGGCUCGUUGCUCCAAGCUAAGUGAAAAGUGUUCCUAUCAAAUUCGUAACCUAGAGACAGAGCUGGACGAUCAGAUGGCAUAUUAUCAGAAUCUCCAGGAGAUAGAGAAGUGGCUGCUGCAGAUAUCCUUCCAGCUGAUGGCCCACAACUCACUCUACAUUUACAAUCGCGAGCAAACGCUGGAGCAGAUUGCGCAGCACGAGAAGCUGCUGGACGAGAUUCAGCGUUAUCAGGUCAAUAUCGAUGAUUUCAAUGCGAAGGGUCAGUCUCAGAUCGAGCGGUACAUUCUGAAGGCGCCAGCCAUCAAGAGUCGCAUCGAAACGCAAAUGAAGAACAUUCGCGACAGCUACAACUCGCUGCUGAACACGUCGGUGCAGAUUAAGAACCGACUGCACGACUCGCUCAACAAGUUCCAGGAGUACGAGGAUACGCUGGACGACAUCAAUCGACAGCUGGACGAAACGGAACCGCUGGUGGCGGAGGAACGUUUGCUGGAGGUUGUGGACUAUGCCGUUGGACAGUCACAGCUCGAGAAGGCGCAAGGCAUACACAAUAAGCUGCAGGUGGAGAAGAGCCGCCUGAUGUUUGCUGUGCAAGCGUGCGAAGCCGCUACCGCUAGCAUUAGCCGUCCGAGCUCACCGAUGGACAACGUUUCGCAGAUGAUCCCCGAGAAAGAAUUGAUGGUGCGGGCACGUCUGGAAGAUCUGAUUGAUGAUGUGCAGCAGUGGAUUGCCGAACUGAUUACUUCGAUCAAUGAUUGCGAACGGCAGCACAAGCAGAAGGUUGAGCUGGAGAACUGGAUCCAAAAGCAGAAGGCGAUUGUCGCCGACUGGGAUUCGAAACCGUGCAAGUUUAGACCGGAAGCGGCCGAGCAGGAGCUGCGUGCGAUGAGCGAACUGUCACGCACGAUCACGGUUAAGCGUGAUGAUCUCCAGGGUGAGACCGAGCAGGACUAUCGGUUGCGCGAGGAGCUCGAGAAGUUGCAGGGCAGUCUGAAGAAGGUGAUCGAUCGCAAGAAGGACGAUCAGCUGGCAAUAGAGAAGUAUCGUAAGAACUAUGAGGACGUGCAGGGCUGGUUGGAUGCGAUCACGAACCAGAUUGAUAAUGUAGAAAAGGGUGGUGGUCUUAGCUGCAAGCAGAAGCUCGAGAAGAUCUCCAACAUUAAGCGCAUUCUGGAGAACGACUGUGAGAUGAUAGCGAACUUCAAGCGCAAUGGUGAACACAUCGUGGAGCUGGUUAGCAAUCUCGAUGCGCAGCAGGUCACGGAGCAGUUGAAAUCGAUCGAUCGGCGCUACAACGACAUCACGAAGCGUUUGAACCGUCGGUUGGAUGUGAUUGAUUCGACGAGCAAAAUGUUUGGCAAGCUGCGGAGUGACAUUGGUGAACUAUCACAGUGGGUAGUGGACAAGAAUGGGUCGCUGGAUGUGCCAUAUCAACUUGGAUCGGAUACGAAGUCGGCGGAAAAUCAGCAGCAAGCGUUCAGAUCACUGUUAAAGGAAAUUGAAGGCAAGCAGUCGUACGUUGAUACACUUGGCAAGCGUUUCUCGAGCAUUCAGUCCGAUCUGGAGCCGAAUGAAAAGCAACAGCUGGAGACGGAACUGCAAACGCUGACCAAAAACGUUGGAUUGCUCAGUGAGCGAGUGCGUGCCGAGCUGGACAAGAUCGUCGAGGACAUCCUGUGCCGUAAGAACAUGCACAACAACCUGGAUGUUACGCGGGCCUGGAUCAAAACGAAGCAGAACGAUGUAAACAAGAUAUCCGACCAAAUACCGCUGCUGUCGAGCAACGUGAACUCGGAGAUCAAGCUGUGCCAGCGCCACGCGCAGACGAUACGGGAGUUUGAAGAGAACGCCUUCAAAGACGUAUCGAAACAGGUGCGCGAAAUUAUGAAGGAUUGCAGCGAGGAAGGCAAGGCAAAGCUGGCCCAGGAGUUCGGCGAUAUCGAGUCCAAACUGAAAGAGCUGGUGGAGAGCUGCGCUCGGAAGAUCGAGUUCAUGGAGCGCGAGCACGGCAAGCGGCGUGAGUUCGAGGGCCGUAAGGAUCGUGUCUGGAACUGGCUGAACGAGGCGGAAUCGAUCGUGUCGGCGGACAUUCGCACCACGAGCUACGAGAUACUUAAGGAUCAGAAGCAAAAGUUCGACAAACUGUGCGGCGAGUGUGAAGUGAUGAAGGGUGUCGUGAAGGAGGCUGAAGAGUACAAGAGCGCCAUCCUGCCGACGCUGAACGAGCUGGACAAGACGAACAUCAACAACCAGGUGAAAGUGAUGCGCGAAAAGUGGAACGCAAUCAGCAACGUGCUGAAGGUGAAGUGUAAGAAGCUGGAAGAUCAUCUGGUAGAGUACGAGGAUGCGCUGGCGAAGAUACAGAGCUGUGCCGCGUUCCUGGUGCAGGUGCAAGGUCGGCUGAAGGAAAUGAACCGACCGGUGACGAGCAGGAUUGAAAACAUUCAAGACUUCCUGCUGGCGUACGAGCAGAUACUGGGAAGUUUGAAGGACAAGCGGCUAGAGAUGAGCACGAUCUUGUUGACCAAUCUGCCCCAGCUGCGGGAAAAUUCUGCCAAGCUGGAGGAGAUGAUCAUGGGCAUUGAGGAGCAGCUGCGACGGCUGAAGGCGAUGCUGCUGCUGAAGGAACAGUUUAUCGGAGCAAUCAACGACAUUGUGAAGUUGAUUGCGAAGAUCAACACGGACUUUAACACGGUGGACAACUUUAGCCCGACGGUGGAUGAGCGGCUGAUGCGGUACAGUGAAAUUCUGCAGAGUAUUGAGGAGUGCGAGGGUCUACUGGUGGCCGCGACGGAUAAGGGCCACCAGAUCGCUAGCGACGGUACCGAUCUGGACCGGCACAACAUCAUGGAUCAGAUUCAUUCCCUGCAGCAGCAGCUCGGUUCGAUCAAACGAUCGAUCGAGCUGGAGCAGGACAAGUACCAGAAGCAGCGCGCCUACCACAAGACCCUGUCGAACGAUCUGUUCGCGUUGGUGGAUUGGUUCAAGGACAAUGAUGAGCAUAUCCGGUCGCGUCCACUGUUUGGUUUGGAUUUGAAGAUGGCCGACCAGCAGCACAGUGCGCACAUUGCGUUGGCUGGCAAAGCGAACAUCAAUCUGAAGAUGAUUGAAGAUUUGCUUGGGAAGUUGGCGCACAGCGACAGCAAACUGCCCGACGAUCUGCAGGAUAUGGUAGAUCGUGCGAGAGCGCUGCAGGAGACAAUUCCGGCAGAGUUGACAGCUCGUGAAGCCUAUCUCACCCAGAACCGUCAGUACCGGCUGGAGUUCCGUGACAGUAUGGAGCGCGUUAAGAAGUGGCUGACGGCGGCCGAGGAACGAUUCGAGCACACGAAAACGUUCAGCUUCGAUCAGGAGAAGAUUACGGUAGCGUUGAAGGAGCUGGAAGAUUUCCUGCACGGUGAGACGGAAAUUCGUACGCUUCUGUACGGUGCCAUCCAGGAGCAGGCCGAUCGGUUGUGGAAUUCGUUGAGUGAGCUGGACCAAAACCAGUGCCUUGGUGAGUUGCAGCAGUUGAAGAAUCGAUUGAGUGAAGUGUCGCAUCGUGCCGCGGUGCAGCAGACCGAGCUGCUGUCGAACAGUGACCUAGUGAAAUCGUACAAGAAGCAUUCGAGUGCAGUGAACAGUGUGCUUGCCAAGAGCAAGUUGGACGAUACGAUCCUGACCAUCCCGACGCUGCCGGCCCGUAUUGAUCACAUCAACGUGUUGCUCAACAUGCUGCAGGUGCAGCAGCACGAGCUCGAUAUCCUGAACGAACUAUCGCAGCAGAUAGUGAACCGCGCGGAUCAGUACAAUCGGGAACGGGUGCAGAAGGAGACCGGGGACGCAAAUCGGCAGUGGGCCGCCAACACGUCGCUGCUGGAAACGUUGCGCGAAAAUCUCGUCCAGCUACAGCAGCAGUGGGACCAGCUGGAAAGCAUCCUGCAGGAGCUGGAGGUGAAGUCGAACCUGCUGCUCGAGAAGGACCGAGGAUUGGAUUUGGUGGUCCACUCGCGCGAUCAAACCGAGGCGAAGAAGCACAUUGUGGAGAACUUGCUGGAAGACAAGACCGCCCUUGGUCAGCUGAACACGAAAGCGAACGCACUCGCCAAAACGCUCAUCAAAGCCCUACGCGAACAGAAGCUGCUGCCGCAAUCGCUCGAGGAAAAGCUAACGCAUCUGAACGACAUCAACACACGACUCUCGGACAACCUUGCGAAGAAGGAACGCCAGCUGCGCGAUAUUCUGACCGAGCUGCAGCACUACCUGGACCAGAUCGGCGAGCUAGCGCAGCGCAUUGAAACGGUGCGCAAGGAUCUAACCCAAAUCAACCCGUUCGACGAGCGCCUGUACCAGACGGAGCGAGCGCUCGGCGCAGUCAAGGAAGCGGCCGAAAGCUGUAGCGUCCAGCGGGAGGAUCUUCGCCGACGCAUCAACGAGCAGUACCUGCCGGCGCAAAAGUUUGUCCCCAGUGACCUUAAGGAAGGGUUGGAGCUGCUUGACCGUUCGCUUACCGGCAUAAACGGCACGAUGGAGGACUAUCAGGGUGCAUACAAGAAGGCCAAAAUGAUCCGCACGGACUACUUCACCGUGUACGAUCGCAUCAAGACGUGGAUCGAGCAGGCGGAGCUAACCAUCUCCAACCAUGGCAUUGAUCCGAGCGAGCUGAAAAGCAAGCUAACGGCACUGACCGGGGAGUUUGGCGACAUGCGUACGGCACACGAGCAGCUACUGUUCAAUGGCAAUGAAAUCGUGCGCCACUGUACCGAGUCGAGCGAUCGGACGGCCACGCAGGCCAACAUGGAUCAGCUUACGCACGAGCUGGACAAAACGAUCGCGCUGAUCGAGCAGAAGAACCAGACGGUCGAUCAGAUCCUCGGCAAUUGGGCGAACUUUAUGCGGCUGUACCAGUCCGUGGUGGACUGGUCGAUCAAGAUACGAGCGCUGCUGGAGCGCAAGCUGCAGCUGAACACGCUGCACGAGGCACAGCAAGCCUGCCAGAAUUAUUCGAGCGCAGUUGCCAGUCUUGCGGACGUGUCACAGAAUUUGAGCGAAAUGAAUCACGAGUUCGAUAAAAUUAACGAAGUUUGCUCGACGGCCUACCUGAGAGGCAAACUACACGAGGCGGAAACGCUGAAAAUCGACAUCGAGACAGUGCUGUUUGAAAGGAAUUUGUUCCUGCACGAAACGACCGAAGAGUGGCAGCAGUACGAGCGGAAGAUCGAGAGCGUACGGGAGUGGAUAAAGGACGCCUAUCAGGCCUUGAAUUCGGGCGAGCUGAAGAGCAAACCGUUGCGCGAUCAGCUCCGCAUACUGGAGCAGAUGCUGGCGGACAUCUCUGCCCAGAAGAUCAAGGUCAACAUGUCGCUGGAGAAGCUGCAGGUCCACUUCCAUUCCGACAUCAUCUACACGGACAACCCGACGAUCGUGCAGAGCGGCCGGACCAUACUGGCCGACCUGGACAAGCUGAACCUGGACGUGUUCCAGACGACGCAGAACCUCGACCAGGCGCUAGCCCAGAUCGAGGGCUGCCAGGCGGAGAUGCAGACCAUCCGGCAGCGGAUCGUGCACGAGGAGCAGCAGCUCCGGAAUAUCUUAUCACCAUUGCACCAGACGGGCGAUAGUGAAAAGCACGAACAGGACCGUUCGAUGCCGUACGAUUGGAGCGUAGAGUGUUGCGAUCAGGAAGAGAGCGCACCAUCGAUGACGACGGAACUUGCCCGGCCGACGGUGGCUGGCGGUAGUAGUGUGGUGGUGGUUACUACCACGACUACCACUCCGGUCCAGCCGUCCGCCUGGAGCAGGUCGGGCGACGAUCUGACGUACGCGGAAAUCGUUGCCGGGCUGCGUCGUCAGCGUCAGCGAGGACUCGCGCAAACGCAACACAUGACGACGACAGAAAGCCACUCGCCGCAGCCACGCAAUGUUACCAGCAUCUCGAUCAAGACUCCCGAACCCCAAACGAUCGAUCCCGCUCACCAGUACCACCAACCGGGCCCUACUGUAGUACAGCUCGUGGGGGCCGGUAAGCCCGUGGUGCCUGCCAAUGAACCCACUGCAAGAGAUCCUCCACAGGAAGAGCGCCGAUCCCGUAGACCACCUACCAUGCCACCCAAACAACAACCGUCCCGUCCGGCUGAAACACUCACCGAUUCAGUGAGCUCUAGUGCUGUCAAUGUGACCACCAUCGUUGGAGCUACUUCGCUCCAGCCGGUGGUUAUGGUGACGAGCACAGCGAACGAGACGCCCCAAAUGACGCAAACCGAAGUAUCGAACAUCGCUGCAGCAGGACCCGUGUCGGUGUGGUCCUUCGGGAAUAAGACGUACGCCGAAGUGUUGAAAGAAAUUGCCGCAUCUAAUCAAUACCGUCUUCAGCAACAGCAGCAACAACAACAGCAGCAGCAACAAUUCCAGCAGAUGUCAUGGAGUGAUAGUUAUCAGCAGCAACAUCAGCAGCAGCAGCAGCAACAACAGUUCGGUACCUCCACUCGCCUUGGCUUACCACAAUCCUACGCAAACCGUUCUCGUUCAAACUCACGCAACCGCCGCAACCGGCCGGAAGCCGUAACGCGUGUAAAUAUUGUACAUAACGAACCUCUAGCGGCAGCCUCUAGUCAGGUGCAGCAGACGCCCCGUGGCGGCAAAGCGCACCCAAGAUCAUCCUCCGCACGAAGCAAUGCAUCAUCAACGACAAGCGAGCGAAUGGUGAAGAGACCGGCCGUUCAGCAGAGUGUGACUCCGAAACCCGAACCAGCGUUCAAGAAGCCGCGUGACGUAGUGACUGCUCCACCCGCGAAAGCAUCCGAAUUGGUGAUACCAUCCGAACAGAGUGAACGAUCCGAAACGAUCAGCUACAGAAAGGCGAAGAAGGGCAAGAUCAAGCAGAUACAAAGCAAGGAUGACAAGCUGCUGCCACCAAAGUCGAUGGAAAGUGUUGAUGUGGGCGUAAAGGAAGAGAAGCAAGUGUUUGUGACGGAGAUCAAUGUGAAUAGGUCCGAAAUUGCUGCGGCCCGCCAAUCGACUAGCCCCAUGAAAACAGUGUCCAUAGUGAAUCUGACCGAUCAGCCGGAAGUGGUUGCCAGUGCUGAGACGAAAAUAACCAUCAAUGUAAACGAACCGGUGCAAGCGGUCGAACAGAAAGUGGAGCAAAAGCAGCAGGAACAUUACGUGACGCAGAUCCGGCUCGAGGAAGAAUCGGGUCAGCGCCGACAGCAGGUGCACAAGAGUGCGAAGAAGCGUAACAAAACCACCACCACCCACAAGCUGCUGGAUAUUAGUGCAAGUGAGCCGGUGACGACGGUGGAGCAGAACAUAUCGACGGUGGAGAUAGUUUCCCCGAAGGAGAAGAAUGUGUCUGUGGUGGAGCUGCGCCCACUGGAUGAACCACUGACGGUUACGUCGAUCGAACUGAAGGGUGUUGGAGUGGAAAGGAUGGAAUCGCUGGAGAGUUACAGCAAGCAGAUAGAGCUGCAGCUUGGUGAAGGAAGUGGUGUGGUGAAGGAAUCUGAAAUUCCAGUUCAUUCUGCUGAGUUUGUGCCGAAUCCUGUCAUGCUGUCGGAAGAAUCCAUACAAAUCGCUCAACCAUGCGUAACGAUCGAUAGGCGUGAAGUUGAAGAGCGCGUGCAGCAGCACACCGAAACCGUCAGCUAUCAUCGGUCAGAGGUAUCGUUUACCACCAUUACCGAAACUCGGCAGGAAGAGAUCGUGGUGGAACAUCAGUCAAACGUAAAAGAAGGCAGUUCCAAAACGUACACAAGCUCCUUGCACAUUGAGCAAUCGAAUGCUGAAGUUGGGAAUGAGGAGCAUGUAGCUUCAACGAUGGAGGUUGUAGAUCAGAAGAAGUCGCACGUAGCUGCCAAACCACCUGUAGAGAGUGUGGCAAACGAAAGCGAAUCUUGGUGUCCCCCGACGAAGAAGAAGAGCAAGGGCAAGAAGCAACCCAAGAAGUCGACCGAUGAACAGCACGAUGUGUCCUCUAGCAAUCGAAAGGUCAUUGAGCAAAAGCGAACGGAAUUUGUGAGAUCGAUGCUAACAGAAACUGAAGCAGAGCAGCAGAAGGUUGAAGCAGAGAGUCAUGUUGGAGAAGAAGCUAGUGCUCCCAAGGGAGAUGCUGCAUCGGUUACUAAAACGAUCGUAGAAUGUACAUCGGAAGAUAUUAAGUCAUCAGUUACACCGUCAGCAGAAGAGGUAGAACUCAUGAAAGCGAGAGAAGAAUCAUUUUUGGCUGAUAUGAGUGGUCCAGUUGCUUCCAACGUUCCGAUUACCAAUGCAGAUCAAGCGGCGAUAAGAGCUUCGGUUGACGAAAUUGCUGUUAUGAAUGCAAGAGAGGAAGCUUUCCUGAUUGAAAUGAGUGGCUCUGUUACGAAGGUUGAAGUCGAAGAUGAGCCAGAAGGGCAACAAACUGUAGCUCCAGGUCAACUCUCGUCAGAGGAAAUAGCAUUGAUGAACGCUAGAGAAGAAGCUUUCUUGGCUGAGAUGAGUGGCAAGAUGGUUCAUGAGGAAACGACGAUCGAACACGAUGUACAGCAGCCUUCCCUUCCAAUUGAAUCUUCUUCGGAGGAAAUAGCUCUCAUGAAUGCACGUGAGGAAUCGUUCUUGUCCGAGAUGAGUGCUUCUGAACCGGAUGUCCCUCAAGUACCAGAGUGUUCUGCUCAGAUUGAAGUUUCAUCCGAAGAAAUUGCUCUAAUGAAUGCUCGUGAGGAGUCAUUUUUGGUCGAGAUGAGUGGACCAGCUCCAACUACUGACGUACACAUUCAAACGAUGCCCAAAGAAGAAUUCAUGCCUGCUGGACCAUCAGCUGAAGAAAUAGAGCUAAUGAGUGCUCGUGAGGAAUCAUUUUUGGCUGAAAUGAGUGGUCAGCAUUCUGAUGUGAAACAUGAUACAGAUGCUAAAACGGACGAUGGGGCUAUGUCUGUCGUUGUUUCGACUGAAGAAAUAGCCAUUAUGAAUGCAAGAGAAGAAUCAUUCCUAGCUGAGAUGAGUGCUCCGGUUACUGUGACGGAAUCAGAUGUUGUGUUGGAAUCAACACAAGAUCCGAUUUCCAUGGCACCUUCAGCAGAGGAAGUGGCUCUCAUGAGUGCACGAGAAGAAUCAUUUUUGACUGAAAUGAGUGUAGUAGAACCUACAGAACUGAUUGGUAAACCUACCGCAGAUACCGUUCCUAUUUCACCUUCAGCAGAGGAAAUAGCUUUAACGACCGCAAGAGAAGAAUCGUUCCUGGCAGAAAUGAGUACACCGAAUGCUGAUACGACUUCAACUUCCGUUACCGAUGAAUUGCCAACAGAGGAGGUAGCUCUUGUGAAUGCAAGAGAUGCAUCAUUAGCAUCUAAAACGAUCGAAGCCGUGAUCGAGCAAACACCUGACGAACGAGCUACAUCCAGCAUUGAAUCUCCAACUCCUAAGCCCGAAGAACGUGUCCCACAGAAUGAAAUUGCAGUCUCAAGUACUGAAAAUGUAUUGCCUUCUCAACCUGCAGCACCUGUACUACCCGUCGGAAAGAGUCCAAAGAAAAAGCAGAAGGACAAGUUUAAGAAAAUCAAAAAAUCUGAUGCAGCAAACAUGGCUGCUUUCCUCGAGGCAGAGCGAAAAGUAUUUGAAGCCGAAGAGCAGGCAGUAGUACAAGAGCAGCCUGUACCGGAGCCACGAACGCGCGAUCAUACCUCACCGAGCAUGAGCACCAUUACAAAGGAGCAGAUUGAAACAAUCAUUGUGGGUAUUAACUUUGAUCGGCAGAAAUCACUUACCAGCGCAAUCGAUUCGGAACAGGCUGUUAGCGAAGCGAAUGCGUCUUCUACGGAGGAAGCAUUUGUUGUGAGUGUUCCUGAAAGCCCAGUGAGAAGUGUGCAAGAGUUCCGCAGCAAUCUGGUGUUUGAAGAUUACGAUUUUGUGACACGAUCGCCGGUGAAGCGCACGGAAGUGGUAGAACGCACCGAUGGUAAGGGAGGACGGAUGAAGGAGGGCAAAUUUAAGCCACAGCUGGAAAGCAUUCCUUCGGAUGCGGAUAUGUUGGGUGGCAAAGAGGAAAAAUCGGCAACGGCAGUUGAAUCUACCGUAUAUAGCACAACGGCGAAUGUCAGCACGAAGAUAUCGGAAUCGAAUGAUACGAUCAAGCAGGAGGGUAUGGAAAUUGAUGCAGGCAAGGAAAAUAAUGAUCCCGUGCAAAGGAUUGUGAUCAACUCCAAGUGGCGCGAUAACCGUCAGAAGAUCUCCAUGAUAACGCACGAGGAAGUGUUGUUGCAGCCGGUUUCGCAUAUAAAAAUGGAGCUGCCCAGAAUCGUUGCGUCGAAGGUGGAGAAAGUAUCCCUUCCGGACGUAAAGCCAGACGUAGUGCCGCUGGAACCAAUCGUGCAAGAAACACCAAAGGAAGAGUUUGUCAGGGUGGACGGUGAGCUGGUGCAUGACGAUGUACAGAUCGAACAGGUGGCAACGGAGGUAUCAAUGCUGGACAUUUCGCCUUCGAUCGUGUACGAAACGCAAUCGGUGGAUGUGUUGGAAAAGGAAGCUUCAUUACCGGAGUGUACGGAUGUGGCGUCGGGCAUGGUGGUGGCUACGGAGGCCCAGCAGUCGGACGUGGCGGUAUCUGAUACGGUCACCGUUGCUGAGCAUACGGAAUCGUCUAGCCAGGAGGUGUACACCACAACCACCACCUCUGUAAUGUAUCGCACGACGACGAUCACGUACAUGCAGUCGGAGGAGCAGGAAGAAAUUAGUGAAAUCUACACUGGCCCGACGGUUGUUGAGCAGAGCGUGAAAACGGUCGUUACCAGUGGUGAACCGACGGUGGACGUGUCGGUUUGCUAUUCGGAAGCGGAUCGCAGCAUGGGCGAUGAAGUGAUGGUGGAGAGGAUCGCGAUCGAGAGGGGCGCAGAUGAUGAAUGCAGUGUGGUAGACGUGACUGUAGUUAGUGAAACUGAACCCGACAUUAGCAGUGCAAUACCAGCAGAGCAAUUGAUAUUGGACAGUUCGAUGCUGUCGGAGGCGGAUCGUAGUAUGGGAGAGCAAUUGAUCGAAACUAGGACAAUGAUCGUACUUGAAGAAAGUGAAGGUGACGAAGAGCGGGUAGUGCGUGAGAUGUGCCAGGAAUCGUUCCGACAGGACGAUGCGUCGUCGGUUGAGGUGGCAAAACAAACUGAAUCGUUGGGAAUUGCAACCAGUGAAGUAGUGGUGGGACCUUAUGAGAAUGUUUCGAUUGGCCAGGUGGCUGUGCCGGACAGUCCGCUUGGUUCGGCCAGCGGGCAAGAUUAUUGGCAGUAUCAUGAUACAGAGCGGCAUUACAUUCAAAACUUUGAGGUACAAUCGAUCGACAAUGAGGGAGGGGAACAAGUUACAGAUGAAUCAACUCCACGCAAGGAAGCAGGAGUCGUUGAUCAAGCUGCUGUUGGGGAGAAAAAUGUUGAAAGCAAUGUAACAGAUACGAAAGACUCAUCGUUGCCGAGCAACAAGAGUGAUAGGGAGCUUGCGGAAAUCUAUCGUACCUUAGAACAAUCCUACUUGAGCAUGUGGCAACUUCGUGAUGCUGAGAAUAGCUACCAGAAGUUAGAUGCAAGAGAAGCAAAGGCCCAAGCAGAAGAGGUAGUAACUGAAACAUUUAUACCUUGCGAUACACCUGCUGAGGCACUUUAUGUUGAGGAAACUAUUUCGCCUGAUAAACCUGAACAGUCAUCCAAGUUGAUAGACCAAUUCGAAGUGAUGAAAACCUUGAGCCAAUCAAUGAUUAAUAAUUGGCAAUUAAGAGAGGCUGAGUUGAGUUAUGAAAAGCUAAGGACUAUGGAAAUGGUAAAGGAUUCUGAGACUGAUCGUACGGAAAAUGUUGUUGCGCUUUUAGAAGAAAACGUUGAACCGUCGCCUUCUGCAACAGAACAACGUGAAACGAUAACGCAAACUUCUUCUGUAACUACUGUUACUACAAUCGUCACUUCAAUCGAAACUGAAGAAAAAUCUUCAUCUGAGGAGCGUAUAAUUGAGCAACAGGGUAUUGAAAUAGUUGCUGAUGAGAAGCCUGAACAGGUGACAAAUCUUCCAGAAGAAGCUAGGAUACAAAAAUCAAGGGAAGAAGAGUUGAGGAAUGCUUUGUUCUUUGAAUCGAUGUCUGCUCAUGAUAACUUUUCACUGCGUGAAGGUGAGAGCAAAUAUGUACUUCAAAAACAGAAUGAAAAUUCGAAAAUGAAAACUGAAGUUUCUGUUUUGAUCGAUGAUCUUCCACCUGAAGAUGUUGAAAAAGUAACACCACAGGAUAGCGAAGAGCAAGAGCUUUUGAGGCGUUCAGCCAUGUCAAAGGAGGAAGAAUUGAUGGCAGCAGCAUCUAAGCCUGCUGUACAGGAGGUGGAAGUAUGUGACAAACCGUUGAAGGAAGCCACAGAUGAGUUGUAUCCAUCUGCUGCAGAACAGAAGCUGUUAAGAUUAACAGCAAUGUCAGUUGAACCGGUUUCAUUUUAUGAUACACUUCUGCUGCGGGAAUGUGAAAGGAAAUACGUUUUGCAAAAGCAGAUUGAAAGUGCAAAGACAGAGGAUUCUGUUUUGAUUGAAGACAAGUUAUUAGAAGAAACUGUAUCGCCAAAGGACAAUGAAAAACAAGAGCUUUUGAAGGACUCAAUAGACGAAGCUCCGGAAUUAGUUGUGCUUGAAACAACUGCUGCCACCACUUCGGCAGAAAGUAAGAAGCGAUGUCUAGACAGUGAAGAACAAGAGCUUUUGAGACUCUCGGCUGCUUCAAAGACAGGAGAUUUAGAAACAACUGUGACUACAUUGGAAGAAAUUACUUCUCCAAGUAGUGAGGAGCAAGAGUUAUUGAGACUGUCGGCAGCUUCAAAGACAGAAGAUUUUGAAUCUGUUAUGUCUGAAAUUGCUGCUGAAGAAAUCAUAGCUGAACAAGCUCCUUCAGAGGAUGCUCCAGGUCUUGACAGUGAAGAGCAAGAGCUUUUGAGACUCUCGGCUGCUUCAAAGGCAGGAGAUUUAGAACCAGUUGUCUCUGAAAACAUCACUGAAGCAAUGAUAGUAGUCAAGGCUAUACUGGAAGAAGUUCCUAAUACUGAGGAGCAGGAGCUGAUGAGACUAUCGGCAGCUUCAAAGGCAGACAUUUUAGAGCCUGUUAUGCCUGAAUCUGAAGUAUUGGCAGUAAAAGAAGCUCCUUCGGAAGAUGUUUCUUGCGUAGACAGUGAAGAGCAAGAGCUUUUGAGACUCACAGCUGCUUCAACGGCCGAAGCUUUGGAACCAGUUGUUACUGAAGAACCUGUACCUUGUCAAGAUAGUGAAGAGCAAGAGCUUUUGAGAAUCUCAGCAGCAUCAAACGCACCCGAUUUAAAACCAGCUGUGCCUGAAAAUGCUGCUGAAGAGUUGGUAGUAAGUGAAACCCCUUCGGAUGAUAUUCCGUGCGUUGACAGAGAAGAGCAAGAACUGUUGAGACUUGCGACGGCAUCAAAGGCGGUAGAUUUAGAACAAUCUUUGGCUGAAAGCACUAUCGAAGAAGUAGCUGGUACUCCAUUGGAACAUGUUCCAUGCCUUGACAGUGAAGAACAAGAGCUCUUGAGACUUGCGGCAGCAUCAAAGGCCGAUGCUUUUGUAACAAUCGCCCCAGAGACUACUGUUGAGGAAGUAACAGUUAGCAAAGAACAGGAGGAUACAAGCUUGCCAAGUUUAUCAAACACAGAAGGUUUCCAACAGGUUGUAUCUCUGACUACCACUGAAGAAGUGUUGGUAUGUGAGAAUACGGUGGAAGAAGCUUUACUUCCUUACGAUGAAGAACAAGAAACUUUGAAUCGCUCAGUUAUGUCGAAGGCAGAAGCUUUAGAAUCAGUUUUGUCUGAGCCUGAUGUUGCUGGAGUGGUAGUAAGCCACGUACCGGUGGAAGUAGUUCCAGAUAGCGAAGAGCAACAACUGCUGAGACUUUCGGCUAUGUCUAAGGCAGAAACUGUUGAGCCAACUGUAACGACAGAAGUCUUGCAACCAGUUGUGUCUGAAAUUACUACUGAAAUCGUGGUAGUAACUGAGAUGAUAGAAGCAUCAAUCCCAGACACGGAAGAACAGGAACUGUUAGGUCUUUCAGCAGUAUCGAAAACGGAUGAUAUGGAUUCCGGAAUGCCUGAACCAACAACUGAAGAAGUACAAGUUAUCGAGAAAUCGAUGGUAGAAACUUCAGAGGGAGAAGAGUUCAUACAAAAGACGGAAACUUUGGUGACAGUUGUGUCUAAGACUGUAACUGAAGUGGUGAUCGUAAGUGAUAAACUGGUAGAAGAAGUGUCCUAUCCUGACAGUGAGGAACAGGAACUUUUGAAACGGUCAGUAAUGACGAACAUCGAAACAUUAGAACCAAUUGUUUCGGAGGUUACUGUUACAGAAGUGGCAGUAAGCGAUGAAUAUUUUGAAGAAGUACAAGCUCCUGACAGCGAAGAACAAGAGCUUAGGAGGCUUGCAGCUAUGUCUAAGGCAGAAACAGCAGAGUCUGAGGUUACAGUCGAACAAGCAGUAAUAACAGAACAACAAACGGAGCAAGUACCAUGUCUAGACAGUGAAGAACAGGAACUUUUGAGACUGUCGGCUUUGUCAAAAGCAGAGUUAGUUUCACCAAAAGAUGCUUCAGAAGAAACAACAGUUUAUGAAAAACCACCAGAAGAACUCUCUAGUUCGAAGCUGUUACGACCGCUUUCGAUUGAAAGGAACACACAAGAACAGGAAGCAAUUGCUGCUGUUACUACAGUAGAGGUGGUAGAGCAGAUGGAAUCUUCACUCCACUCUGAAAACGUUCAACAGUUUGUGAUUGAGCUGUCAGUAGCAGAAACUAAACAACCCACAGUACACGAAGACCUGGGUGACGAAUCCAUCAGUAGCGUAGAUGUAUCGAGAUCGGAUGCGUUUGAUUCAAGCAUGGCUUCGGUUAUCAGUAAGCCAGAGAUAUCGUUCAUUAGCAUACCACUGCAAAAGAAUGUGGCUGCGGAAGACAUUGAACUGAUGGUUUCUAGCAUUGAAUCAAAUGAGGGUGUGGUAGAUGUCGCAUCCUCACCGGAUCAAGAUGCUGGAGAAGUUGUAGUCGAAGGCAAGCUGCUUGUUCAAGUAAACAUUCCCCAGAAGGGAACGGAUGAACGAAAAGAAAAACGGAAGAAAGAAAAGAAACAGGCUAAAAAGACGAAACAGUUACCACAAGAUGCGGGGGCUUCGAAGGAUUCUACCGACACAGUUAUUAUUACACCCAAAACUGAAGAACCUCAGGCACCGGUACCAAACGUAUGGGAACAAAUGAAGGGCAAGAAAACGUAUGCUGAGGUAGUAGCGGGCAGGGAAGCGGAACGCAGAAGGCUUUUGGAGCUACAAAAGAAUAAGUCACUGUCUUCGGACGUGUCGAUAGAAGAAGAUAUUGAACCAGUAGUGUCCAAGGCUGUAAGUUCCACGGAUAAGACAAUGUCUCGUAACGAGAGUUUUGUUGAAGUUGAGCUAAGUAGCGAAACAGAUCUACAAACUUUCAUUGAAAGCAACAAGAGUUAUGGAAGUAUGGUCAAGUCAAGUAUGUCUUGGGCUGAUAUGGUUGAGGACAACAUGGCAGACAGUAGCACUGCUAGCAAUGCUGGUGUCAUUCCCUCAGAAGAAGAACUAAGCAAGAGUGAACCUAUUGCGUUGGUUGAAAUUUCGAAUCAACCAGUGGAGGAUUCUCAAGCAAUCGAUCAGGACAAACAGAACGACUCAGCUAAACGUGAAACAAACAAGAAGAAGAAAAAGCAAAAGAAACAGGCUCAAGUAGUAGCUGAGGCUACUAGCUCUGCGAAAGAUGCGGCACCAACUUCAGAAUUGGAUCAACCAAAGCAGGAUGAAACUAACCCCGCUGUAGAGGCGAACAUUUGGAAAACUGGUCCACUUUACGCUGAAGUUGUGGCUCAAAAUCUUAAGCGAGAGAGAGAAGCUUUGGAAGCACAAUCUGCUGCAGCCCAAUCCGAUGUCCAAUACGUUGUUAGUACAACACCGGAGAAGAUUGCUCAAGCGAUGGAGGUUAUUCUUCCAGUUACGGAGCAUGAUUUUGAUGCACGGGCUUCCGAGUUGAAUAAGAAGGAAGAAAAUAAAUCGAACAAAAAGAAGAAACAGGCUAAAUCACAACAAACUACAGUUGUUACGGAGCAGAUUAUAAUGACAUCUACGGCAAUGUCGGAAGAUACAGAAAUUGUACCCCAACAAACUGGUCAAUUUGAGCAAAGUUCGGCUCAAGUUAGUGAGUUAACUAUUGGAGAAACUCAGGCACUAAUUACGCAGGAUGUACCGAAGGUUGUCCAAGAGGUCGUUACAAUUGUAGAACAACAACUGCCUUCAUCUGCGCCAGAAGUUUUGAACAAAACAAUACAGGAGAAGACUAGGGAUUCAGACCCUGUUUCGGAAAAUAUUGACACCACAACUGACCGAAAAUCCAAAAAGUCUAAGAAAUCUAAGAAAACAGGAUCCGAGAUCGUUGAUCAACCUGAAUCGGUUGGUCAAUCUGUUGUUGAAACAAACAUUGCAAGUAUUGAAGCAACUAAGACAGAUGAUACCGAAUCAGAUUCUUUGGUAGUAUCCGCCAACGAAAUCGUACGAUCUCAGCCUGAAGAUGCUAAUUCUAGGGUGAAGAAAACCAAGAAAAAGCAGAAGAAGAAGCCUUUGAAACAUGCUUCCAGCGAUGAGUCCCCGGACGUUGGUGACUCGACAAUUAGAGAAAUCCAGGUACAAAUUACAGAAAAUAUACCGAAGGUUGUUCAAGAAAUUGUUACAAUUGUAGAACAACAACUGCCUUCAUCCGUGCCAGUAGUUUCGGACGAACAACUACAAGAAAAGGCGGACGAUACAGAUUCUGUUUCAGAAAAUGUUGACACCACAACUGAACGAAAAUCCAAGAAAUCUAAGACAACAAGAUCCGAGAUUGUUGAUCAACCUUUGCCUGAAUCGGUUGUUGAAACUGUUGUUCAAACUGUUGUUCAAACUGUUGUUCAUACUGUUGUUGAAACAAACAUUGAAAGUGUUGAAGCAAUUAUGCCGGAUAAUACCGAAUUGGAUUCUUUGGUAGUACCGUUAAAGGAAGACGUACAGCCUCAACCCGAAGAUUCUACUUCUAGGGCGAAUAAAACCAAGAAAAAGCAGAAGAAGAAGCCUUUGAAACAUGCUUCCAGCGAUGAGUCGCCCGGCGUUGAGCCACACGGUAAGCCAGAAGUUAGUGGGGAUUCGACUAUUGGAGAAAUCCAGGUACAAAUUACACAAGAUGUACCGAAGGUUGUCCAAGAAGUUGUUACAAUUGUAGAACAACUGCCUUCAUCCGUACCAGUAGUUUCGGACGAACAACUACAAGAAAAGGCGGACGAUACAGAUUCUGUUUCAGAAAAUGUUGACACCACAACUGAACGAAUAUCCAAGAAAUCUAAGACGACAAGAUCCGAGAUCGUUGAUCAACCUUUGCCUGAAUCGGUUGUUGAAACUGUUGUUGAAACAAACAUUGCAAGUAUUGAAGCAAUUAUGCCGGAUAAUACCGAAUUGGAUUCUUUGGUAGUACCAGUAAAGGAAGACGUACAGCCUCAACGCGAAGAUUCUACUUCUAGGGCGAAUAAAACCAAGAAAAAGCAGAAGAAGAAGCCUUUGAAACAUGCUUCCAGCGAUGAGUCGCCCGACGUUGAGCCACACGGUAAGCCAGAAGUUAGUGGGGAUUCGACUAUUGGAGAAAUCCAGGUACACAUUACACAAGAUGUACCGAAGAUUGGCCAAGAAGUUGUUACAAUUGUAGAACAACAACUGCCUUCAUCCAUGCCAGUAGUUUCGGACGAAAUACUACAAGAAAAGGCGGAGGAUACAGAUUCUGUUUUGGAAAAUGUUGCCACUACAACUGAACAAAAAUCCAAAAAAUCUAAGACAACAAGAUCCGAGAUCGUUGAUCUUCCUCUGCCUGAAUCGGCGGUCGAAACUGUAGUCAAAACCAACAUUGCAAGCGUUGAAAUGACUAUACCAGAUGAUACCGAAUCGGAUGCUUUGGUAGCACCUGCGAAGAAAGUGGUACAGCCUCAGACUGAAGAUUCCACUUCUGGGGUGAAAAAGACUAAGAAAAAGCAGAAGAAGAAGCCUUUAAAACAUGCUUCCAGCGACGAGUCGCCCAACGUUGAACCAGAUGAACAAUCUUCGUUAAAGACUAUUGAAGCAGCAGUUCCACUGUCGGAAUCUCCUAAAGAAAUUGCUCACCUUCAGGAGCAUGUUCAUGAAAACAAGGAGUUUGUCGAAUUGGUUGUAAACACCGAAACGCAAUCCAUUUCCGAUCGGGAAAAACAUGUCAAAUUCUCUGGGGAAAUUGAGAUUCUUAAGGAGGUACCGUUAUCGGAAUCUCCAAAAGAAAUUGAACACCUUCUAGAGCAUCACGCACACAAGCCAUCAUCGCUAACACUGGAGAUAGUGGAACCAGUGGCGGUGGAGCACGCUGACGAUGCUCAUCGGCAUGUGCAUUUUGUAGAGGAAGUGUCAAUAGUGCCACUGGUACCACUUUCUGAAUCUGUCAAGGAAAUAAAGCGCCUAUCUAGCGUAACAGAACACUCUGAAGAGGAGAAGAUUGAACAGCCUGUUGAAGAUCAACCUGAAGAGGAUGGCAGUGGUGAGCGUAGGGUAAAGUUUGACCAUCAGGUAGAGAUACUACCCACUGUACCGUUUUCUGAAUCUAGCAAAGAAACUGAACGAGACGUACAAGCGGACAGAGAUGCAAAGAACAUUUGCUCAGCUUUGGAAAUCUCUACCACAACCAUCAGUGAAGCGAACGCGAUGAAAGUUGAAGUAGUUGAGCUGGUGGGCAGUCCUAAUCUGAUAAAACCAGAAGAAGAUAAACGCGUUAAGUUUGACCCCUUGGUGGAAGUGUUACAAAACGUACCAUUCUCAGAAUCCGUCAAGGAAACGGAAGCCAUUGGAUGUGAAAAGCUCGAACAAGCACCAUUGCGCGAAGAGAGUCCAGAAAUUUUGCCCCAAGCAGAAAGACGUGUGUCCUUCUCGAAAACUGUUGUUAAGAUUGAGUUGGAACAGGUCGAUAAUGAUGAGGAUGAUUUUGAAGUGAUUGAUAUGGCAGAAGUUGAGGAAGUUGUAGUUCCUUCUGUAGAUACAGUUGAAAAUCGUGAAGAAGAAGUUAUUGCGCCUCAAGAUCUACUGCAAAACGACAGCCCUAGCUCAGUUUCUGAAGUGAUUGAUAUGGUGGAAGUUGAAGAAGUUGUUAUUCUUCAUUCCGAAACUAUUGAAAAGCAUAAUCUGCAGCAACACGAUAGUCCUAGCUCAGUUUCUCAAGUGAUUGAUAUAGCGGAAGUACAGGAUGUUAAUGUUCCUCCCGCUGAAACUAUUGAAAAGCGUGAAGAAGAAGCGAUUGUGCCUCAAGAUCUACAGCAAAACGAUAGCCCAAGCUCAGUUUCUAAUACAGCACCACAGGAGGUAGAACAGAAUGCUUCCAAGAAGUCCAAGAAAUCUAAGAAAAAGUCGAAAAAGCAACUAGGUACCCAAGCUGCCUCUCUGGAUGAGCCCGAGUUCGCCAGCCAAGGACCUGCACCGUCCGAUAGCGACGCGACUCCUCGGGCGGGACUUCUGUACGCAGAAGUUGUUGCACAAAGACCAGAAAAGGAUGAUCGUAGUGUGCUGAAAGCUCAGAUAACAGAUUUGGACACUGAGACGGUUGUAAGGGAGGAUUACUUGGUCGUGCAGGAAAUUUCAAUUUCCGCCGAGCCUCGACCUCACGUGACAGAAAUUGCCCAGACUGUGCAAUAUGAGAUGACGCUCAAAAAGGAUUGCAGUCCCAUUGAGUCGUUGGAGGUUAUGGAUGUUCAUGUCGAAGAAAGCAUUGUUUUGCCUAAAGCAAAUGAUCAGUCAGCUAGCGUAGUAGACCAAUCCGUUGAUCGGGAAAGUACGAUAGAACAGCGAGACGUACAGCAAGGUCUAAGCGAACACGAUUCUCAGUUUGUUUUGCCACCUAACGAGACGGCGGGUGAUGAAUUCGUAGUGGAAGAAAGUUCAUUGCACGAUGUGCCUUUAGAGAUGCAUUCGGUUGAAAGUGUUACAACAGAACAGCCCACUUGCACUACCGAGGAUCAACCUCUGUCCAUGCAGGGGCUUUAUUGCAUUUGGCAGGACAGAUCUUGGCUUGAUCGAUCGUUGUACAGUCAGGCGGAGGAGCGAUAUGCGCGGGUUAGCGUUGCCCAGGAGCAACAGCAAGUCGCACCGAGCGGUGCAUCGUGCAUCGUCGCCGACACACCACCAACAGCAACAGUAACAACAACAGCUGCCCCUGCAGCCACUAACAAUGUACUAACAACAGCAACAGCAACAGCAUCAACACCAAUGCCUCACAUCCCCUGCGAAGAGCUAUCCCUGCAGCAAACCGCGACCACAAGUCUUUGCGAUCCAUCCUCUGUACCCGACUCCAAAUCUCCCGUUCUUCCUUCCACACCCAACACUCCAUCCCUAGCUCCUUCUCCCCCAACAACCCCCGGUACUCCCUUAGGUUCAACGGACAGCGUAGAAUUAAGUAAACAAAAUGUGGCUGAAUGCACAGACAGUAAACAGGCACUAGCGCAAAGUGUGGAAAGUAUUCUGGACUCGCUGAUCAGUGCGGAACUAGAGAUGAACAAUCUGCCGUACGACAACGUGAACGAUCUCAUCAAGGGUCUGCAGAUCCUUAUAACGAACCUAGCCGAGUAUAAGCAGCAAAACUAUGCGAUUGCGAGAUCGCUGCCGGUUAACGCGGACAGCCACGUCCGGACAGCGGUCGAACAGAUCGACGAACGAAUCGACCUAUUACGGCAGCGAGCGGAAAAUGGCCUCGAAAAGAUUCAGCAAACACUGAAGCAACGCGAACAGCGGAAGGUGGAAAUUCGGGACUAUCUCGAGCUGUUGGAGGAGAUCGAACGAUGGCUUUCGGGUACCAGCAUACAGCUUAUGGAGGUGACCGAGUGCAGCACGGAGGAGGAAAUGCGACGACGCAAAGAGCAGGAAAGUGCUGUGCUAAACGAUUUGCGCGCCAAGGAACAGUACUUGCGCGAUGUGCUGGACAAGACGGAAUCGUACCUGGUGUACAAGGACGUGAGCGAUCGGACGGUGACGUUGCGAGAAAAUUUGACCCUGCUGAUACGUAUCCUGCGCGAAAAGGCUUUAAUACUGGAAAAUAACAUUCAGCGGCUGGCCGAUCAUUUGCAACCUGCCGCUACGGUAGAGCAAACGGUACAACCGCAAACCGUAGACAUUGAAAGUCAAACGAGCCCGCUGGCUUCGAUGGAACCGGUGCCCGUUUCGCUUGAUAUAGUGCGCAGUGAAGUGCAAGUUCCUUCGACGGUUGCUGUGUCCACUCAGGAAUCAUCUGUGCAAACACAGCCCGCACCGGAACACACGACCGAUAACAUCCUGAUCAUACAAUCCGUUGUUAACGGGCGGGAAACUGUGCAGAUCUCCAAUGUACCACGAGCGCACGGUAUAGCUGACCAGCCCUUGGAAGAGUCUGUGGUUGUGGAAGCGAAGUACACACAACCCGCCGAAGGUAAAGAGAGUGAACGAUCUUCCGAGUUGCUGGUGAAAAACAUUCCGACCCAAUUCGAGACGACGUUUGUCGAACCCGACGAGACAACGACGGAGAUUGUGGUAAACCGGGACGGCUCCAAGAAGAUCACUCUGCGCAAGGUGGUACAGCCAGCCCAAUCCAUUGAGUCAACAAUCACAGGAAAGGCUUCUAUUGUAACCUCAGUCGAGUUGGCACCGGAGCAGCCUGAUGCACCGGCAAUAACCGCUGAGGAAAGUACGGUGGUCGUCGACGUUGAAGGUGUUGACGUUGUGCUGGAAGAGCAGAGCAACGAGCAGAAGCAGCAGGAAGACCCAGUGAUAGAAGCUAGCUCACCACCUGCCGCCAGCGACGCACCCGUGCUGGAAACGGCGCAAACCGUUGUUGAGGAGGUGCUGGAACAGCUGGAGCAGAAACUGAUAACGGCUGAGCAGGCUGUCGAGCAACAGCAGCCGGACGAACCGUCACAGGUAUUCGAUUCACAUGCUCAAAAAAUCGCACCAGUAGAGUUGAUUGCUUCUAUCGUUGAGUCACAAACUAGCAGUAGUACACUAUUAGGCGUUGAUGCUGCUGCUGCUGCUGCUGCAGUUGUUGCUGCUACCGCUCCUACCGAUGUCACUGUUGCAAUCGAUUCCUUAAGCCUUACCGAACCACUUACAGCCGGCGGGGAAUUAAGCGUACCGGUCGAAAGGCCAGUAGAGUCACUGGAAGACAUCUGGCCACCGUCGCAGUAUGUGUGUGUAGAUAACGUUCCGGAAAGAUCGAUACCGGUCUCACCGGUACAUGUGCGAACGGAGGAAACGGUUGAAGUGCCUGUACAACGGCAAGAGAGUGAAGAGGCAGAACAAGUAUGGCCAACCAGCCCCGAACGUGGUUCUGAUUAUAUCGAGAUAGAGCCGAAUGUUAUGAAGCCUCAGGAAGUGAAGGAGGAACAAACAGUAGUUCCAAUAGUGAUGGAGGAAGCAACGCUAGAACACGUGGCGGUAGAUCGAGAUCAGGAAAUUGAGGUGCCUAUAGUCAUGGAAGGAGUGAUUAGCGUGUCGAGUGUGCCUGACCCGGCUAAUACUACUGGUGAAGUUUUCGGACAAACGGUUCAAGUAAAGGAAGAUCUUCCGGUACCAACACAAGUCCCAGAAGUUCCCGUAGAAACGAUCGUUGUGAAGAUUGAGGAUGAAAACAAGCAAUUGGAACCCAUUGCAACUGUAAUUGCUGAAUCUCCUACAGUGACAGACGAGCCAACGCUGGAAAUGAUUGAGACAACUACGUUGAGUUCCGAACCUGUGGUCGAAACAACGAUCACGCGUACCACUGAUACAAUCGAGGACAGUGAUAGCUGCACUACAAUAGUAGAAACAGUAGUGAUAACCAAAACGACAACAACGGAAGAAGUGAUCGAAAUUCCGGUGGAGGUUGAACAGCUUGAAACUACUGCAGGCGAUGAUCAAGACGAAACGGUACUGAUUGAAAAGGUGACGCAUGUGACCACGAUUGUAGAGCAUGUUAUGGUCGAGGGUGGAAGCGAGGAUGCGCCUGAACGACCAACAAUUGAGGAGAUAACGAGUGAACCAUCUGCUGAGACGGCACUGGUGAAGCAAGAACAACCAGCGCCACCGGAGCUGGUCGAUGAUGAGACGAACCUACAGGUACAGGUUGCAUCGAUCGGUGAAACGCAAAGUUCUUCGUUGCGAGUUUCGAUGACCGUUGAUCCGACCGAAACGAAGAAGAUCAGUGUGAGCUUGAUCGAAAUUAAACCAUCAACUGGAGAAGCUCUUGAGGAGGAAGGCAAACAGACGGCCGCACCAGAGUCACUGGAGUUUGAAGAGAUUUCCGGUCUAAAGGCUGUUGAAGUUGAUCCGGGAUAUGAGGCAGAUAAAACGGCUACCGCUGAAGGAGAACCCGAUGACGACGAUAAGGGCAAGAAAAAGCGUAAGAGAAAGAAGAAGGGCAAGAAUGAAAACGAAAAGGCUAGCAAUACCGAUCAAUCGGGACCGGAGCCGAAACCUGCUGCACCUGCCGAUGGACGUUUGUCGGUGGCCCAGGAAUCCGAGCAACGGUUCGAUUCGUACCAAAGCUUUACCGAGGAAGAUCAACCACAGGUCAGCACCGUGAACGUGCUGGAAGAGGCAGUCGAGCCGGAGAUGAUCGAGGUGCCGAUAACGAUUCAGGAGAAGAUUGUCGUUCCAACCGAGGUAAUUGAGGCGAUCUAUACUGAGGAUGUGCAGCAGCAAACUACUCCGAUUGAGUUUGCCUCAGGACGGAGCGAUUCGGUCGAUGUCGAAAUCGAAAAGAUCACUUCCGAGCGGUUGAUGGUACCGAUCGAUUGGGAGCAACGUUCGAUGCAGACAUCGCCAGAACCAGUGAUUCAGCGUACCUCACAGCAAACCUCUCCGCUUACGAUCGGGCAGGAGGGUACCGAGCAGGAAACGAAGGAAAUCCAAACCACAGCUGUAGAAGCGGCCGAGAUUGAAACGCAAACCGCACAACCAGUGGAGCUAAUUCAACAAGAAGCUCAAACGGACACGGUGGAGGAGUCACCCGCUGCUGCACGUGAGAUCGAUACAGUGGAUAUGGCCAAUCAAACCGUUCCCAUUGAAACCAAGGAAACUCAACAGCAGGCCGAGAAUGCGGAAGAAAUCGUUGGUCCUAUUUUGGGACAGAUCGUGAAGGAAGUGAUUGAUCCAGCGACGCUCUACAAACCAUCAUCGAUGCAAACCAGCCCGGUACAUUUUGCUGAAGAUGCUGAGGCACCGAAAGAGGGCGCAGAUGUUCAGACGGCGGACGAAAGUGCACAAACAAGCUUCCCGGAGGUGCAGGAUGCGAAUGUGGAAACGGAGACGGUGAGUGUGGAAGACCGUGCCAACUCCCCGUUGGCGGAAUCUCCAGCUGAGGUGCAAUCUUCUGUUUUACAACCUGUAUCUACCACGGAAACUGCCAUGCAGACAAGCCCGAUGCAUGAUGUGACGGUUGCAGAACCAUCCACCGUCUCUCCGAAGUACGAAAUACAGGAUGAAAUUCUUAUUCAAACAGUCGCACAACCCUCGGCACCAAUCUUGGAAAGCGUUGAUAUGCAAACCGUGCAAGUGCCUACGAUGGAAUCGGACGCUCAAACCACUCCAGUGACGGUGACGGAAAUUACCGAAACUGUCACCAUUAGCACACAGACGAAGCAGCAAGAGUCUGCGCUAGCUGCAGAGGAGGUCGUAGAGCCAACACACGAUGAGAAAGAAAGCAAGAACAAGCGUGACAAGAAGAAAAAAUCGAAGAAAUCCAAGGACAAAUCGAUCCCGAUCGAGGUGGAAGUUAGUACGCAGAUGGUUGUACCAAGCAUGAGCGCUGCCGGUGUACCGUUGGUUGGUGCCGUUGGAAGUGAAUCAGUAACGGUGACGAAAACAAUCAUCACGGAAGGCAAGAGUGCCGAUGGACAGGGAGAUGUCGGUUUGAACAUACAGGUUGACAUUGAUCCUAGCUUCGGUACGGUUGAGCAGAGCACAAUGGCUGGUACCGCGAAACCAUCUACGACGGUCAGCUGUCCCAUCAACGAAUCGCUGGACACGCUGCAAAGUCAAAAUCUGCAGCUGAGCCUGUCCGAUUGCUUCUCGAUCAUCAAGUCGCAGCAAAACUAUGCCGAGAAUCGCGUCAUCCCGUGGCAGGACAUUAAUCGAAUGAUGAUGAGCAUCAAAUUCCCGUCGGUAUCAUCCGCGGAGGGUGAUGACCAGCGAGGUAACGAUUAUCCCAUCAUCUGCUCCACAAGCUUACCUACGGAAGAGGACGAUACGGGCGCCGCGAAUGACGAUCUACAGCACGUGCUGCAGCUAUUGCAGGAGAAUGAAAACGAUGCAGCUGCACAGCAGCACCUCCUUUUCAAUGUCGUGGAAAACGUUGUCAAGUCACUGGAAGAUCUCGAUACAGGUGUUGCACAGGCAAACGUCACUGACGGAUCAUCCCCGGUGGAUCGUGCGAAGCUGCACAGGGUGUACAAAAUUCGACUCAUUCGCAUCGAAGAGCACAUCGUGAAGAUAAUUACCUACGUGCAGCGCUCUAAGACUGGCCCCAACAAGGAGGUGGACGAGUGCCUAAACCAUCUUCUGCGCCAGGUAAAAGCAUUAGAGCAAACCGUAGCCGAUGGAGAGCAGAAGCUGGACGCAAAUGCUACCGAGCUGCGUACAAUCAGUGGUAAGGUGCGUGCCCUAAGCAAUACCGUCGCUGGAAUUGAAGGCACCUUUGGUGACCUCGUAGCGAACGACACCAUGUUCAUCGCGACCAAGCUAUGCAUGAUUAGGGAGUUUGAAAUGAACUGUCGCGUUGCACAAAACUCCUUAACGGCGUGCACAAACGAGUACAACAGUCGGGAGCUGAAAUCGGAGGACGAUGGCAAGCUGGCGGGUGAGAUGGAGCAAAUCGGCCAUCAGCUGCGCAGGUUGGAGAAUGGGCUGGUGCUGGAAAGCAACAAGCUGAUCCAACUCGGCAGCCUUGCCGAAGAGUAUGAGCAGACCUUGUUGGAGUUCCAGGAGAUCACCGCCACUGCGGAGGUGUUUAUCGAGAACGAGAUCGUAACGAACUCGCUCGAGGAGCUGCAGGAGGAAAUGCAACGCUAUCGUAAGUUCUUUGUGAAUCUGAACCACUGCAAGGCGAUACUGGAGUCGUUGGAAACGAACCUCGAUCCACUGACGCGUCAGAAGUAUGCCGAGCUGCACUCUUCGCUGUACAAUCGUACGAAGGUGAUCCUGGAGCGGGCUGUUGAUCGAGCUGGUAAGCUUGCACUGGCAGCAUCGCGCUGGACCGUCCUCGAGAAGGACAUGGUCGCGGAACAGCAGUGGCUACAGGUGGCACAGCAGCGUGUGCCCGACCUGAGUAAUGUCUCGUCGCAGGACUACGAACGGUACAUUACAAUGUACGAGUCGCUCGACCAGGAUAUUGGCAAUCACUUGACGAAAUUACGAUCGCACAAUGAGACGGCACGCCGCAUGCAGGAGCUGAUAUCCGCCCCGAUCGUUGAGAAGGAAAGCAAUGAUGCGCUGGUAGUGGCGAUGCAGCUAAAGGAAGAGGUGUCGCUCUACCUACGCCUGCUGACCAAGUUCAAGACGCAUUGGAAUCAGUACAAUGUGCACGCCGACCGUCUGGGUGACUGGGUCCAUCAGAACGAGGGCAGACUAGCGUACAUCACGAUCGAAAAGAACCUGUCCGAAACAUCGGUCGAUCAUAUGCGAACGUUCUGGGAAAUUAAGGCCCAGUACGAGGUGCUCAACAACAAGGUAUACAAGAGCGCUUGCGAAACAUUCGAUCGUGCGCUGGACACGAUCCCUGUGACAGAUGAACAGCUACAGCGACAGCUGCACGGUCAGCUCCUCGACAACUGGUACGCCGUCUCGAGCCGCAUCGACAACAUCCAGCGCGACAUUACGGACUCGAUGAAAACGGAAGGUACGCCACCGAGCGACAAGCUGGCAUUCAUCGAGCAGGAGCUCCAGGAGAUUGCACGCGAGUUCGACAGCACCAAAUCGGUGCUGAAGAGCCACGACGAUCUGUACCUGUACAUCGAGCGGAUACACACGCUCAAAACGCGUAUCCAGCUGAUCGAUACCGAGCUGGUCAGUCAGUUCGCACUCGCCCUCGACUGUGACACGGAGGAGGUGAAUGCGAUCUUCACGCGAUCACGCUUCCUGCUGCACCAGAUAACGGAUGAGCUGCAAGCAGCGGAAACGUUCUACGGCCGGUUGGAAGACAUUGAGCAGGGCAUUGCAGCUCAGGAGCAGCGCUUAGCAGAUAUUGCUCGUGUGCUGGAUGAGUGCAGUGGUAGCGUUAAUGGUAAACGAUCGGCCAUUGAGAAGGCUCUGGCGGACUGCAAAACAAGCCAGGAAGCGCUCGGACCCUGUUGGAACGAGUUGAUGCGCUUGCGCCAGAUGCUUCACACGCUGCCGAUGAACCUGAAGGUGUCCGUGUCGCCACUACAAACCGAGCGUGAUCUGUCGACGCUACAAAACGUGCACAAUGAUCUGGAGCGCCGCUCGGAAGAGGUGAUGACGCUGCUACGCAACCGUUUGGCACUGUGGAACAAGUUCCACAAGCAGCUCGACAUGAUACAGGAGCAUGUGCAGGAGACGGAGUUUAUGAUGGAGCUGUUGCAGCUGCAGGAAAGUGCCGACUACAACCGACUACUGAAGGCUACGGAACGGUUAGAUACACUUCUGACGGACAUUGAAAGCAGAAAGGGUAUGAUUGAAGAUUUGCACACGAUCGCCCAGCCGCUGGUGGAAACGUCCGACGAGAGUGUGUCGGCCGAGAUCCAGGAAACCGUGCAGCAGAUUAGCGUCGUGUGGGAAAGUACGCGCGAGAACUUGCGCGAUCUGUGCGACCGGUACGAGAAGGCAGUGAAACUGUGGCAACACUAUCACGACGUCUGUGAAGCGGUGAAAGAUUGGGUCAACCAUGAGUACACCGAUUACGAUGAUUUGCACCGGCUGGAAGAUCUCCCGCAGGUGGAAGUGUACCAGCAGGCACUGCUCGAUCAGCGCCAAGAGGUUGAGAAGCUGCGUAAACUGAUCGGCGACAUCAACGAGCAGGUUGGGUUCAACAUUGGCGAUACGCUGCUGACGGAGAUUGACGAGUGUAGUAAAAAGCUGGAAGAUAUCGAGCGGAAUGUGGUGGAGCAACGAAGCAAGGUACAUGAGCGGGAAGUUGCACGAACGGAGAAGGCUAACACCGUGCAAUCGUCCCGUGGUUUGUUGAACCACAUUCAGGAGAGCCUCCAGCAAUCGGCACACUCUCAGCGCACUGCCGACGAGAAUCUGUACAAUAAGAUCGUUGAUCUACGCUCGUACAUGUUGAGUCUGUGCGGAACAAUCGCCCGUCUUAAGGACAUUCAGCGCGAACGUGAACCAGCGGAUGAUAAUGGCAAUCUGCAGAAUCUGCACUCAAUCUCGCAAAAUCUUCUACAGGACUCGUUCCAGCAGUACCAGGAGUUGGUGCAGCAGCUCGUCACUCAAACGGAGGAUGACGAGCGCUUGCUAGAAUUCUGGCAAGAGUAUCUUCAGUUUGUGCUGACGUUCCUGUCUGAACCCAUCCCGAGCGAUUACGGUCAGCUGAAGGCACACCGCGAACAAUGUCGGCUCAUUAGAAUGCUACUGAUAAGCCUCCGCAAAGUGCUGCUACAGAAGAGCAAGAUCGACGUCCGGUUGGUGGAGCGGUUCAACGAGCUGAGCGUACUGCAUGCCGAUCGGAUCGAUCGUUUCUCGGAACGAAUCACCGAGACAGACAAUCGACUGUGGCACUGGGAAAAGUUCCGUUCGCUUGGUGACGAUCUGUAUGAGGCACUCGCUAACAUUGAACGGGAAAAGUUCACGCUCCAGCUGGAGUACAUCAAUCUGCAGGAGCUGCCGAAGCUGAUCGGCAAGGUUAACGGUUUGCUGGAACAGUUCCCCCGGCUGGAUGGUGAUCUGAGCGCAAUGAAUCAGGAGCUGUCGCAGCUGACACUGUACACGAAGGACGAGUGUACGCUGGUGGGCAUGCGAAGCGAACAGGGCAAGAUUGCGGAAAAGAUUUCCAAGCUGCAGGACAAUGUGGAAACGUGGAAGAACUUCUUGUUCGGUAUUGAAGAGCUGCACGGUCGGUUCGGGAAGCAAUCGUACGAGGUGGAGACGAGUUUGCGCGAACUGCAAGAGUGUCUGGAUGAGCUGGAAGCGGAUCAGCGCAGUACGGCCGGUUCGGGCAUGGAGCAUCGGUUGAGUGGUGUGCAAGCGCGACUGAACCUCGUCAAGAAUCAUCACGUCCGAUUGAACACGGUACGGGCGAAUCUGGAAGAGGUUGGCCAAGUGCAGGAAGAGCUCAAGGCAUGCAUCAGCAUGUUCGAUGUGCAGCGCCUGCACAAACGCGUCUGGACGUUGUGGCAGAUCUACAGCAAGCUGGAACAGCGCAUUGUACUGCAGGUGAAGCGUAGCGAGGAGGCAUCACGCAACAGAAAACUCUUCCUCGAGCACUACCACUCGCUGACAGAAUGGAUGCGACUGUUUGAGAACAAGCUGAACGAUACGAACAAGUACGAGUCCUGUACCGACGAUCAAGUAUUCAUUCGCAGUAUGGAGGAAUCGAUGCGUCAGGAGUUAGCGUUGAAGGAAUGCGAAAAGGAUUGGCUUACCUCCAUGGGCAAGAAUCUGCUGGCGCACUGUUCAACGGCGGAAGAGCACACCGAAAUUAUGAACCAUCUCGAGAAGCUUCACGCACAGUGGGACUAUCUGUGGCGGCUGUGCGACAGUCGCGCUCAGAAGAUAUCGGAAAUUGAGGUAACGAUGCGUUCGCUGGAAUUGCGCAUUGCCGAGCUGCGAGCGUGGAUGGAAACGAUCGAGCGCGAGCUUCGGAUGCCGUUUGCGGUGGACAGUUUGGAGAAAACCAAUCUGGACCGAUUGCUGGACGAUUACGAGAAGCUACAGCGAUCGAUCGAGGGUAAUAGUGGUAAUGUGGCGGAAGUACUGAACCUGUGCGAGAUGUUGUUCAUCGAUGUGCAGUCGUGGAAUGUGCACAUUAACCGUCGAAGCAUUCAAAAUGAUGCAAAGGAUCUGGACUGGCGGUGGAAGAACGUGUGCAUGGAGUCAGGCCGUCGAAAGCAGGAUCUACUGGCCCUGUGGAACAUGCUGCUGGAGUUGCAGAAGAUUGUGGAAUCGCACCAGCAAUGGGUGCACGAACAGCACGCGUACGUCCGUCGCCUAGAGCAAUCGGCCUCUUCCCUCGAUGGCGAUCAGCUGGCCGAUGAGCUGGAAAGUAUCGCGAUUCGAAUGAAUGAUGUCGUUGCACAGGAACCGAUCCAAUGCAUCAUGCGCCGGCUGUACAUAUCGGUGGCGCACCACGAUCGCAUCUCGGCCGAUGGUUUGCGCUUCCUGACGGCCCCAGCCCAGCAGAUGCUGCUACUCUGGGAACGACUACACGUGAGCCUAACCAGUCUGCGUACCGAGGUAGAACGCUACCGAACGGAGUACGGUUCGUUCGUAAUGGAGUACGAGCGUAUCAUUCUCGCGCUGACACAGAUCGACGUGCAGGUGACGCAGAUUGAACACAUUCCUCCGGAACAGACAGCAGAUGGUCCGGUGUCUGCGGAAGCACGCAUUGAUCGCUUACGAGAGCUUCACAGUGAACUGCUGUUCGUGGUGAACCUGUUCGAAAAGGAGGACACGCUCGGUGCGGGCCUAAUCGAACGACACGCCAACAAUAACACCAUGACGGAAGAUAUUCGACAGAAAAUGGCUGAAUAUCACGAGCUGGGCAAUAGCGUCAAGACGCGCCUCGAUGCACUGCUAACCCGAGCAACGGAAGCGUUCGAAGUACGCAACGAAAAGGAAGUGGCCGUCCAGGUCAAUACACUGCGGCUCGAGCGCAGUGAGUCCAUUACAGCUAAGGAUGCCUACCGCUAUCAAUUGGAGACCGCACUGACCGAAGCUGACACCAAUCUGCGCAAGCUGGAGGAAGCGAUCGAAGCAAUCAAUGCGAACAACUUCAUGUCGUCGACGCAGAACGUUUCCAAAGCGUCCGCUGCCUGCGAGUCCUCGAUCGAGCUGAUCAAGCAUUUGAGCACACUGCUGCUUGCAGAAUGUCACGCCACAGUGGAGGAAGCUUCCAGUGUGCGUGUGAAGGAAGAAACGGAACGAUAUCAUCGUUUGUUGACCGUGUGGAAGGAGAAGCAAGAACAGCUGGAAGAAUCAAGGAUCAUUCCUAAUGCUUACAAUUUUAACUGCGUACACAAUGCGGACUACCUAACGUGUCCGCUGUGUACGAACCGCAACUGGCAGCAGAUCGAUAACGAUCUGUGGCGCCUCGAGCAGUGGCUUGCAAUGGCGGAAUCGACGCAGCGCAAUCAACUCUCCAGCCCACCAUCUGACAUCGAUGCGCUGGAGGACACAAUACAGGACCACCGCGAGUUCCUGCUCGAUCUCGACAGCCACAAGAGCAUCAUCAAGUCGCUCAACAUUGUCGGCGAACAUCUGGCGACGCACACGCGCGAUACCGACCGAGCGGCCAAGUUGCGCGAGCGGCUGCAGAAGAACAACCGCCGCUGGGAUGCCGUCUGUACCGGAGCGUCCCGCUGGCAGUCAGCACUGAACAGUGCGCUGAUGGAGAACCGCGAGUUCCAUCGGACGAUAGCGGAGCUGAGCGGAUGGUUGGAGCAGACGGAGAACAAGAUCAAGAGCUCGGAACCGAUCGAUCUGACCAGCGAUCAGCGAUUGGUGGAGAAGAAGUACCGCAUGUUCCGGGAGCUGCGGGCGGAUCUGAUGCGUUGCGAGCCGCGAGUUGUGAGUUUGCAGGAGACGACCUCCCAGCUGACCAAGUACGUCGAUGCGAACAAGUCGGAAAAGUUCGAUGAAGUGUAUGCAAAGCUGACUGAUCUUCGGCUGCGCUUCCACUCGAUCCGCCGCCUGGUGGAGAUGUACAUCAUCAAGAUAGGUGCCGCGUUGGGCUAUGACAGCAGCACCAGCCUGGCCGAAAUUCCUUCCUCCUCCUCGAACGCCUCGCUGGCGACCGUCGAUCGGCAGCAGGCAAGACGCCGACAGGCAUCCGAACAGCAGGAGAGCCACCAGCAAGAUGGUAGCGGAUCCCGAAACCAUCCAUCACAAGCGUCGGCACACGAUUCCAGUACAAACAUUGGCAGUGCAGAGGGCGACGACGAUGUCAUCAACACCACGAUACUCACGCGAAGCUAUCGAUUCUUGGGCCGUGUCAUACGUGCCUCGUUGCCCAUCCAGGCGAUGCUGUUAUUGCUGCUCGGUGUGGUCACGCUCAUGCCCCACGGUGAGGAGUACUCCUGCACCCUGGCCAACAACUUUGCCCGCAGCCUGGAACCGAUGCUGCGCUAUCCGAACGGUCCACCACCGAUCUAGCGACCUGCGAACGAGCGGGCCGCAACAACCACCACCACCACCACCACCACCACAAUCCAACAUCCACAUCCCUUCCCUGACUCCAUUCCUUGUGUUCCUUUUAUAAAGCGCAAAAUGAGGCAAUUUUAGUGUGAGAGAGAAAAUGGGAACAAAUACUCCCAGCAGUGCCUGGAUAGCUCUUCAAACAUGGAAAGAAUGGCUAUUUACACACUGUAUGCUGUACAGCCUUUAGAAACACACCGUACAUAAAUAUUGUAUUGCCAUUUUGUUUUUGCACAUACAUACAUUAGCUAGAUAUAGAUCGAAUGGCGAAUCGAAAUCCAACGAAAAGCACGACGCAGUAGUACAACCGCGCGUGUAGCAAACCGAGAAGGGAAUGCUCUUCUUCUUAAUAGCUUUUAAGUACAGCCUUUAAGCUCGAUAUAACUUUGGUAAACAGAAGAGCUGCUGGCAACUAAUCUACCCCCUCACUAACCUUUUAGAUGUAUUUAAGCAUUUUUUGCAUUGUUUUGUUUUCAGCGCUGAAGUGGCAUUCUUAUGACCGUUUUAUUUUAUUUUUGUUUUAGGUCUGUAAGCUAUAUAUUUAGCGUGAUAUAAUAAAAGUAUUCUAGGUUGUCUAGAAAUGUUAUCGAA